CCUUUGCUUCCCAUCCUGGUUUAUAAGAGGCAGGGAAUGGGAUUUGAGGUAGCGCGCGAAGUCCUCCUGCCGCACCGGUUGGCUUCGUUGUAAGUCUUCGUCCGAGGCUCUGUCAUGGGGGACGACAUGGAUGUAAUUCCCGAGAGGGAGAUGAAGGUGAGUGGGAAGGGGGGGCCAACAUUUCCUCCAGUUGCACCUGUUAUGUUAAUAUUGUAUUUUACCCUGUUGUGUUUUUGCCGGCAGUACUUACGUUAAAAUAAGUGGCUUACCUUACAGGGAUGUUGUGAAAGUUCACAAUGCUUAGAAAGCGUAGGUAAUCUUAGUCAGUUUCAGUUUUUUAAUUUUUGAAAUUGUGUGUCUGUGUCAGGAAAUUCAGAGCAUGUUAUAUAAACUAGCCAUGCAUUUAAGCGCUAUCCAGGAAUGGAUAACAUUUUUUAAAUAUAUAUUUUUAUUUAUUUUCAGUAAUAAUAGCUAGGUGCUGAAUAAUAAAAGAAAAUGUCUUCAGCAGUACAGAUACUAAUGGAGAACUUAUGUGGUCGUCCAAACAGGUGUCUUGUAGGACUGCAACUGCUAUCAUCUCUGGCCUUGCAUACUGGGGGCUGGUGGGAGCAAUACCUGCAGGGCCAACCGGGGCUCCCUGCCAUUGCUGCAGGUGACCAGAAAUGGCAUGUAGGUGGACCAGCUGAAGUGCCUCUCCUGCAUGCCCAGCUUAGAAACCAAAACAGCUUUUAGAGGAUGGAAAGUUCCCUUCUUAGAUGGCUUUGAAAGCAGACCAGGCUAAUGCAUCAGGGACAGUGCCUGGUACCCAUGGUGUCUGUUCUAUCUCUACUGCCGGGAGUCAUUAUGCCUCAUAAUACCAGUUGCUGGAAACCACAGGAGAGAAUAGUUGCUCUUGUGCUCAAGUGCUGCUUACCAAUUAACUCUUGGAGUAUCUGGUUGGCCACUGUGAGAACAGGAUGCUGGGCUUGAAGGACCACUGGCCUGAUCCAGCUUGUCUUAUAUCCUUCACUUCCACUGGAAAUACUGCACUCUGUUUCUUCUCUGCCCAGGCCCCAAGAGACUGGUAAAAUAAUUGGCAGGCUAGUAAGUUCUGUGGGUCUGUUUACAAGACAGCUAUAAGGGUUUCAUUAUUGCAGCCUUGUAAAUAAGGCCAUAGAAAUUUGUUCAGGUGUUGAUUUUGUUUCCACCCACCCCAGUAUAUUUCUUCUGUGCUAUAGGUUGCUCUGAGUGCUCUACCAAGAGAAGAUUGGAGCAAUGGCUAAGACAGCCUUGUAAAAGAGCUUCCAAAAGUUACUAGCCUGUUGUUUAGUUGGCAUGGUAAGAGGCUAGUGGCCUCCAUUUAUGUUCUAACUGCAGCAGUGGGGAAAGCCCUUCAUCUUUAGCUAUUAUCUGAUGCUGUUUUGACAGAACACAGCCUAUAGUGAGGAAAUUUAAACCACAGGAUAAAGCUUUAAAAUUGAAACAGUCAAUAUAAAACAGAGAAAUCUAGAACCGUUUUGAACAGUUUAUCAUCACAAACUAAAGGGCUAUGUAUUUUCUAAGUUUUGCUAAAUCAGGUGCAUGAGCAAAAACAUGGAACCAUUCAGUAGACUGUGUUAUCUUUUCAGACAUGGUGCUAAACUCUGAAUUGACAGUGGGACUCAAACCCCUUCUCUCUUCUUUUACUGUGAUGUAAUAAGGAGAGAGGAUGCUUCCUCCAUUAAACUAAUCAGAGUUUCCUGUUGUGUUCGAACUUGCGGGGGGGGGGGGAACUGUUAAUUUAAGCUAUGGUUAAUUCAAACAAGCCAGGUUCAAAUCAUGAUCCCCAGCUGGCUUGAACUAACCACAGUUUCCCAAACUUUAGAUGUAACAAAGAGCUUCCAUUAGAUUCAUAGUGGAAGUAGAUGCUUCCAAUCUCUUUUUAGUAGCUGGGUCACUGAGGAGUGGGGAGCAAACAAGUCUUAGAAGCAUUUGUGUAAUUAAAUAAUCAAGGUUUUGGUUGAGUUCUAUGUCGUAUUUGAAUAAACUGAUGCAUUUAGAUUUAGCCUGCACAGAUUUUUUAAUCUAUGAAUGUGCCACAGGAUUUUAAGUUCAGAGCAUUGAAGAAAGUACGGAUCUUUGAUGCUCCCGAUGAACUCCCCAAAGAGCGUUCCAGUCUUCUUGCUGUAUCCAACAAAUAUGGAUUACUAUUUGCUGGCUGUGCAGCUGGAUUGCAGAUCUUCCAGACAAAAAAUCUUCUAAUGCAGAUUCCAAUGGGGGAUUCUCCUAAUAAAAUAGGUAAGUUUUUUAUCUUUCCCCACCCUCAUCCCCAGUCUUCCUUAAUUUUUAUCUAUAGAGCUGUAUUUUUUAGCAUUAAGCAUAAACUCACUUGUUCUGCUUUUAAUACCCAUCAUAAGCUUUGGGGUGGCAAGUAUCCUUUACAAAUUAUAGGGCUGGGAUUUUUUUACCUAUUUGGGCUCAUGUAGCAUAGUGGGUAAGGGACUGAGCUAAACAUCUGGAAGUCUGCAUUCAACUGUUGCCUCAUUCAUUAACUUGAUUGCCGUAAGUAAGUCUCCAUUUUCUUUAUUUUCUCCGCCCCCCUUUUCUUUUUUUCUUUUUGGAUUUUUACAAUUUUAUAUUCAACCAAACAACACAAUAUAACAUUUGUCAUAUAUAAGAAAAAGAAACCCCAACCCCCUCGUGACUUCCCUCAACUUCCCCUUCUGGUUCUUUAAAUAUUUACUACUUCUGCUUAAUUAUUAUCUUAUUUUUAUAAUCUUAUACUUUAAUGCUAUUAUUUUCUUAUCAGUUUUAUACCAAAUUUUCCUUCAUGCUUACAUCUUAGUCAAUUUCAUUCCAUGUUGUCCUUACCUCAUCUUUUCUUACUUUUAAGUGUUUAAUCAAACCCUGCUAAUGAGUCCGUAUCUUUACAGUAUUUCUGUAAAUAUAACAUAAAAGGUUCCCAGUCUUUUUUAAAUUCUUCAUUAUCAUUGCCUCUGAUUCUUUCCAUUAGUUUCGCCAUUUCUGCAUAUUCCAUAAGGUUGACUUGCCAUUCUUCUUUCGAUGGUAUCUUGUUGUCCUUCCAUUUUUGGGCUAGUAGAAUCUGAGCCGCCGUUGUAGCAUACAUAAACAACUUUUCACUCUUUUGGUAGUUUCUGUCCUAUUACAGUGGUACCUUGGGUUAAGUACUUAAUUCGUUCUGGAGGUCCGUUCUUAACCUGAAACUGUUCUUAACCUGAAGCACCACUUUAUCUAAUGGGGCCUCCUGCUGCUGCCGUGCUGCUGGAGCACGAUUUCUGUUCUCAUCCUGAAGCAAAGUUCUUAACCCGAGGUACUAUUUCUGGGUUAGCGGAGUCCGUAACUUGAAGCAUAUGUAACCUGAAGCAUAUGUAACCUGAGGUACCACUGUAUACCCAACGGAAAAGCUUCUGGUUUUUUAACAAAGGUUAUUUUAAACAUCAUCUUCAUUUCAUUAUAUAUCAUUUCCCAAUAACUUUUAAUUACUUUACAGUUCCACCACAUGUGGUAAAGCGUACCUUCUUUCUCUUUACACGUCCAGCACUUAUUAGCACUUGUUCUAUACAUUUUUGCCAGUUUAACAGGAGUUAAAAACCAUUGGUACAUCAUUUUCAUAUAAUUCUCUUUCAAAGUUGUGGUGAAUUUUAAAUCAACUUUUCAUAAUUUUUCCGGUUUCCCAUUCUAAUAUUAAAUUAUACAUCUUCAAUAAUUUGGUAUUAUCCUCUAUAAAUUCUCUUUGAAAUCUAGAUAAAGUAUAACUAAAUCCUUUCUUUUUAUCUUCUUUGAAGACCUCAUUUACUUGAAAAUAUUUUAACCAGUCAUUAACAUGUUCUCUGAUCUCUUCAAAUUCUUUUAUUUUUAAUUUCCCUUCUGUUUCUAUUAAUAGAUCUCUAUACGUAAGCCAUUUUCCUCUCCUAUUUAUUUUUUUAAUCAAUGUUUCUUCCAUUGGAGACAACCACCAUGGAGUCUUCUGUUCUAAUAAAUCUUUGUACCUUUCCCAGACUUUUAAAAGUGAUCUCCUAAUUAUAUGAUUAUGGAAUGCUUUAUGAACAUUCCCUUUCUCAUACCACAAGUAUGCAUGCCAUCCAGAUCUGUUGUCAUGACCUUCAAGAUCUAACAAAUCUGUAUUUUCCAGUUUGAUCCAGUCCCGGAUCCAACCAAUACAGACAGCUUCGUAAUAUAAUUUAAGAUCUGGAAGGGAAAAACCUCCUCUAUAUUUACUGUCUGUGAGUAAUUUAUGUUUUAUUCUUGGUUUUUCCCUUUCCAGAUGAAUUUUGCAAUAUCCCUUUGUCAUUUCUUGAAGCAUGCUGCAUUACUUACAACCGGUACUGACUGGUAUAAAUAACAUUUUUGGCAAUACGUUCAUCUUGAUCACCGCAAUUCUUCCUAUCAGUGAUAAAUUCAUUCUUCCCCAUACUUCCAGAUUCCUUUUUAUUUCAUUCCAAUUUUUUUCAUAAUUAUCUUUAAUGAUGUUAAUAUUUUUGGUUGUCAACCAAAUUCCUAAAUAUUUAACUUUUUUAUGAAUCUCUAUUUCUAUAUUUUGCUGUAAUUCUUACCCCCCCCCCCCUUUUUCUGGUACAUUUUUCACUAUCAGCUUGUCUCAUUUUUAUUCAACUUAAAACCUUCCACCGGCCCAAAGUUCUGUAUUUUUUUCUAGGACUUUUGGCAUAGAGUUGUUAGGGUCCUCCACUGUUAUUACAAGAUCAUCUGCAUAUGCUUUUAAUUUAUAUGUCGUCCCCCCCCCCCUCCAUGAUUCCUCUGGUGUGUUUUUUUACCUAUUUGGGCUCAUGUAGCAUUGUGGGUAAGGGACAGCUAAACAUUUGGAAGUCUGCAUUCAAGUGUUGUCUCAUUCAUUAACUUGGUUGCCCUAAGUAAGCCUGCAUUUUCUAACCUGCCAAACUGGUGCAGGGGAAAUAACAUUGACCAACCAUCUACCGUCGUUGUAAUGCUUACUGAGACAAUGUGUGUGAAUCACUGUGAAUACCUGUUGCUGGGAAUCACAAAAGGGGAGAGGGUGUAGUUCCUAGCUUAGUGUUGUCUUAGAAUGCUGGGAUCAGGGGUUUAUUAUGUAUCUCUGUAUUUAUUUCCCUUUACUUAUGUCUUAACCUUCCCAACAGGAGCAUCGCUGGGCAAUGCAGUUUACAAAUACAGCAUAACAAUAAAUAACAUUAACAACACAUAAAGUAGUGGCAUUGGCAAGAAGGCAUAUUACAUUCCAAAGGCUUGAGUAAACCAUAAAGGUUUUCACAUUGUGACACUUUCCAUUUGCAAGGGAGUUCUAUAUUCUAUGAGGGUGCCAUUCAGAAUGUCUUGCAUUAAUAGUGCCUGUCCAGUAGGGCUGGGCGAUAUAUCAAAGCAGUGCCCCAAACUGGUUUGAAGUCCAGAUCAUGAUAACAGUUUCAGAAUUUUUCACCUGGCAAUAUAUCACGAAUCCUUGCUCACUCCUUGGCUGCCACCAUCACUGCACAUUUCACUCUUGAGUGACACUUGCAAGUCCGUCUGAUGUUCACCCACAGUGAGAGGCCCAAUUCCUCCCUCUGCAGCCCAGCUGCCAGCCUUGGCAGAGGGAACUUGAGAAGGUGCUUGUCUGCCUGUCUGCACCUUCACCCAAGCAAGUUGGCUGCCUCAUCCCUCCCUCCAGAUUAGAACACUAGGGCUGUGUAAUGUAUCAUCCAAAACCAGUUUGAAGUCCAUAUCCAGGAGUCAACACGUGGCUGCUUAUUUCUUCACACCUUCUUCACACCUUUCUUCUUAUUUCAGACAUUGUGUUAUAUCGGUACAUUGCGAUGUUGAAAACCAGACAUCGCCCAGCUCUGCUGCCCAACAGGUUGAAAUAACAAGCAGGGCAUCCCCAGCUGAUCUUAAUAGACAAAUAGGGCAGUAUUGGAUUAGUUCAGGCCUCCAACUACCUUUUAAAUAAUUUAUUGGUGUUUUUUUUCCUCCCUGGUGCUGCUCUUCAUUUUUUUUAAGUUGAGAAUGUCCAGAGUCUUUUCGUUCCCACGAAGUUCUGCGUGCAUCACUUGGCACUCAGCUGUGAUAACCUCACACUCUCUGUCUGCAUGGCUUCCAGUGAAGUUGGGUCCUUCAUUGGCUUUUUCGAUGUUCGCACCUUUGUGAAUCAGGUAAGUUGCAUGGUUUAAAAGCAAACUUGGAAACCACCCCCCCAACCCUCACUCCAGGGUGUGUUUUGCUAUGAGUUUUGAAACUGGAGAGCUUCAGCAAGCCCUAAUGAAGCAUAACCACUCUUUAGGAUUCAGAUGUAAUGCUAAACCAUGGUUAAUUAAAAAUUGGGAGGAAAACUACCACAGUGUAGUAUUCAUGUGCGAUAGUAAACUGGUGUUAAUCAAAAAGGGAGCAGAAGAUUCCAGUCUCUUCCUUGUGGCUGUGCUGGCAGGGGGGAUGAAGUGUGUGAGGCUGAGGUUUGCUGUGACUUGUAUCCUCUCUAUCUGACCCUCAAAACUCUCCCCAGGCCACACUCCUCACCAGCCUUGCUCUGCAUUCUCCUUGAGUGCUUUUGCCUGGCUGGAAGUUAUCCAUGAACUGUGAUAAUGACUCUUGCUUGCAUAGCUGAAGAUACAGGGGGCAGCACAGGUAAAAGGCUCUGACUUUUGCAUGGCUGGAAUGUAACCCACUGUAUAUAUCCAUUACUCUGUGCGCUUUUGCAUCAAGCCAUGCCCACUACUGAUACGUGCCCCCUGGAAGGUUGUCCAGAAUGGAAUGUGGCCCUCUGUAUAAAAAGGUCCUCCAGUCCUGCAGUAAUCUGCAGCUCAUCAUUACUUCUGAACUCUACCACUGAUAGGAGCUUUAGGUUAGUGAAAACAUCGCUUUCCUUCAGGUCUUGGAAAGUAUGGUGGGCCAGUGAUUUGACUCUACUGAAAGCGGGUGUCUUUGCUCAUAUGGAUACGGUCUAACAAACAUACAUUUCUUUCUAAUAGGCUAAGCAGCAAAAACGCCCCUUUGCCUAUCAGAAGAUGGCUGGGGCGAUGGUCAAUGACUUGAAAUGGAACCCAAUGAAUGCCUCCAUGCUGGCCGUCUGUCUGUCUGAUGGAAGCGUCUCUGUCCUGCAGGUGGCAGAUUCCGUGAAGAUCUAUGCAACUCUUCCCGCUUCAGUGGCUGUUACAUCAGGUUGGUAACAUGACUUUUAGACUGAUGCAGAAAUCCCUGUUAUAAAUAAGCUGAAUUUGAGUUCCAAUUUACACAUAUUUUAGGUGUACAGCUCAAAGUAAGCCUGAAUGCUCCAUAUGGACAAUUGCAAACAAGGGUAUCUCAUAAGGAACCUUUGGCCCUCCCAAUGUUGCUGAACUCCAACUACCACCCACCCCUGGCCAUUGGCUGUGCUUGCUAGGCUGAUGGGAGCUGCUGUUCAGCAGCAUCUAGAGGGCCAACAUUUCCCCUCUCCUGCUCUAGGGUAUGCUCUCCUGAGACCAUCGUUGGCUCCACCUUCGUGUUGAAUGGACAUUCUGUUGCAUUCCAAAUUUGAGAUUGUUGUGUUUGAAUAACACUUGUGAGGACAAUUUAAGCCAUUUGCCAAAUUGCACUGGCUGGUUUUGUUGUUGCUAUUUCCUUUGCAACUGCUUAAUGAUGCCUGCUUGCUUUUCUCCCACCCAUCCCUUUAGUGUGUUGGAGUCCUAAAGGAAAGCAGCUGGCUGUAGGCAAGCAGAACGGCACAGUGGUCCAGUAUCUCCCUGUAAGUCUGUUUUGUUCUAUUUGGCCUAUAAUGAUCUGCCUCCUCCUGCUUCUCCCUCUUGGUUCUUUCCUGUUUUGUUCUCCCAAUUCACAGUUCAGAAGAUGGAGUCUUAAGCAUAAGGGAAGCAGAAGUACAUGCCUGGGAAGGGCUGUAUUCUAGAGCUUGAGCAUCCAUUUUGCAUGCAGUAGGCCCCAGGUUCAGUCACCGGCACCGCCAGGUAGAAUGAGAAUUUUGCUUUUGUAUAGUAAGCUAGUUUUUUCAUGCCUGCACACUCCUCUCUAUUCACCACCCAGGCAAUCAAGAAGUUUAGGAGCGCAAGGCUGCAUAUGCACCAUGCAUUUAAAACACAUGGUUUCUUCCCCCCUUCCCCAAGGAUUCAUGGGAACUGUGGCUCUGUUGGGGUAAACAAUGGUUCUAAGGAUUCUUAGCGAUAAGCCAUGUGCUAUGAAUGCAUGGCUGUGCACCUGUCAUAUUCAAGCCAGGCAAAAACACAAAGGGGGAAAGAGGGCUAGUAAGGGGUGUGGCUUGGGGUGAACCCUGAGGACAAAAAAGAGGCUUGGAGGACUGCAUUUGGUCCCUGGGCCUAAGAUUAAUUAAUUUUAUUUCAUUUUAUUUGUUUGCUGCUCUUCUACAAAAAAAAUCAUGCUCUCAAAGCAGCUUACAACAAAGAAACAGGAAUGCAUUUCGAACGAACACUACAAAAACCUUCAUAAUAGCAGCACUACAAAAAUAUAUCAUACCAAAACCCCACAUUUCAGUACUAUAAAUAUAACAAGCACCAUGCAGCAUGCAAUAGCAAAAACAACAAGGAAGCUUCAUAGUUUCACCUUAGUCCUAGAAACACCACUCCUAUGAUGUUGCUUACAGUCCCUCUCCUGUAGCAGCAGCUUAUAAGGCUUCCAGGGGCAAAGGAUGGGGUUUCUGGAAACACCUCUCCCAUGAUGAUGUUCAUCUCUGAUACAGGUGAAUUGGGACCAUGCCCAUAAUUAAGCGGGAGGUUAAGAGUGCCCACAUUUGACUGCCAACAAUCUCUCCCUAGAGGGAUCUUCGGCUACAAAAUGCCUGUGCCUGAAAUCUUGGAGCAUUGCUCCCAUUGAGAGCAGAUUAGGGAUAGGGAACUCAUAGCCCUCCAGCUGUUGUUUUAUUCCAUGGGUAGGCAAACGAAGGCCCGGGGGCCGGAUCUGGCCCAAUCGCCUUCUAAAUCCAGCCCGCGGAUGGUCCGGGAAUCAGCGUGUUUUUACAUGAGAAGAAUGUGUCCUUUUAUUUAAAAUGCAUUUCUGGGUUAUUUGUGGGGCCUGCCUGGUGUAGAAUGUGUGCUUUUAUUUAAAAUGCAUCUCUGGGUUAUUUGUGGGGCAUAGGAAUUUGUUCAUUUCCAGCCCCCCACAAGGUCUGAGGGACAGUGGACUGGCCCCUUGCUAAAAAGGUUUGCUGACCCCUGUUGUAUUCCAUCUUCCAUCAGCUCCAUCUAGCAUGGCCAAUGGUCAGGGGAUACUGGGAGUUAUAAUCCAAGAACAUCUGGAGGGCUUCAGGUUCAUCAUCCACAGAGCAGACAGUACUGAGUGAAAUGUACCAUGUCAUCAGAUCACUGAAUCAUGGCAGCUUUAGAUGAAACGCUUUGGACAUUUUUUUGAAAGUGCUUGUAUAAAUUCAGAGUGUUUUUGUUUUAUUAUUGCAUGUGUGAUGUGAAGUGUUGCAUUGUAGAUAGAAUACUUAAAAAAACCACACACCCCCCAUAUCAUUAAACUUAGGGUAUUCUAAUCAUGCUUGUUCUUUUACUUUUUCAGAACCUGCAGGAGAAGAAAACAAUUCCCUGUCCUCCAUUCUAUGAUUCAGAUAAUCCUGUCAAAGGUACUGUGUUUCCUAAAAUUUGGCGUUUUGACCGGUUGGUAUUACAAUAGUACAGAUGGAUCAUGUAAUCACAGUGUUUCACUUAUGUAUGUGCCUAGAAUUUGCCCACCCAUGAAAUCCAGGCAUAUUGUGGAAUGUGAGAUGCUUGUUUUUGACUAGUUGAAUCUCCCGUGUUUAAAAAUAAAUCUGGCAGGUGUUUUGCUCAAAAUACUAAGUAGUAUUUUAUACCAAUCCCAUUUACAGUAUGGAUUAAUAUUUAAUCUCCUGUAAUUUAGUUGUCAGGGUUGUUAAUGCAGCACAGUUACAUAAUUAUAGUGCAAAGAUUUGAUAAUGCCUUGCUUUCUUUUGGGAAAAAAAAUGCAGUCCUUGGGCAUAUUAUCACAUCUGUUACGUUAAAUUUUUAAUUUGUAUAUUUGUAAUUGAAACUUGAAGUUCUUUAUACGUCUUGUUCCCUAAGAUUAAUACAGCAACAAAACUGUUGUACUCACAGCAGCCCCUUUGAAAUUGAUGGAGAUGACUAAAUUAGGCAGAUUAACCUCAGUGUGUCUACUCUGAGUAGAACUUUGCUGGAUGCAGCCCUCCGUAGGGAAGGUUUCUAGUGUCCUAGAUCCUUCUGUCUUCACACACUACACAGUGUUAAUGAACACAUAAAGGAACUAACCAGCUGCAUUAUACCAAGUCAGACUGUUAAUCCACAAAGUUUAGUAUUGCUUACUCUAACUGGCAGCAACUUUCUGGGAUUUCAGGCUGGGGUGCCUCCCAGCCAUACCUGGAAAUGCUGGGGAUUCAACCUGGGACUUUCUGCAUGCAAAGCAGGUGCUGUACCACCAAGAUAUCCCUCUUCCCAUAUAGCUCAUUGGAUGGACAUAUACUUUUGACUCCAAAAAUCCCAUGUUCAUCUCCAGGUGGGGCUGGGAGAGACUGAAACCCUGGAGUGCUGCUGCCAGUUAUUGUAGGCAGCACUCAGUUAGCUGGAUCUAUGAUCUGACAUGAUAUUGGGAAGCUUCCUAGCAUGAGGGGAAAGCAGCAUAACUCAGUGGAAGGGCAUCUGCUUUGCAUGCAGAAGGUCCCAAGCUCAGUCCCCCAGUAUCUCCAGGUGGGGCUGUGAAUGUCUCCUGCCUGAAAUCUGGAAAGUCACUGCCAGACAAUAUUGAGCUAUAUGGACCAGUGAUCUGACUUGACAUAAGGCAGCUUCCAGUGGGAUGUACCCAACUGACUUCUACACAGGUCCAUUUAUUUCAAUGGGCCUACUCUGAGUAGGACCAAGCUUGCAUACAACCCUAUGUUCCUGUGUAAGUAAUAAUAACAAUAAUAAUAAGGAGUGGCUCCUGAGAAAAACAAAAGCAAAAAAAACCGACAACCCAAGUUUACUCACAUUUCUGUUUUCCAGUCUUGGAUGUGUUGUGGGUCAGCACUUAUGUCUUCACUAUCGUAUAUGCGGCUGCGGAUGGGAUCUUGGAAGCUGCACCGGAAGUGGUGAUGGCUGUGCUUCCUGUACGUGAAGAGAGGAAGCGCUGGGGAAGCAACUUCUUUUUCUCUUGUCUUUGAUUUCUAAGUCUGUGCUGCCUACUGUCAUUCUCACAAUUUUGCCAGGUCUUUGUCCCUGGUGUGUCUUCCUGCAUUUUAGGCUCUUGCUUCAGAAUGAUAAAAAAAAGUAGUGACCCGAGAUGUAGAAUCCCACUUCAUAGAAACCAUUUAGUCAAACUUUGCAUGGAGAUUGAAGCAUUCACCAACCACAGCAGCCUCUGCACUUCUGCUGCGAGUGUCAGUUUUGCUUGCCAAGUCCCCAUACAAACAUGUGUUAGAUGCCUACCUCUUAGAUGCACAGGUUUAACUUGGGUGUUUGGAACUUUCUUUCUGCCUGAGGGCCACAUUCCGUCCCAAGCAGCCUUCCAGGGACCACAUGCCAGUGGUGAGCAGCAGGGUUGCAGGCAAAAGCGAGCAGAGCAAUGGAUGUACAUUUUGCCUCCAGAUAGUAGGCUAGUUUCUAUGGACACUCAUAAUAGUCCUUGCUGUCCUCCUUUCAGACAAUCAAGAGGCAUGAUCAGAAUUCUAGGAAUGCAUCCCAGCUAGGCAAAACAGUUUAGGAGUUCUUAUCUUUUUGUGGUUAUUGAAACAUUUCAUCAUACUUUUGGCCAGAGGUGUGGGACUCUUGACCUUCCACACACUGUAGGGACUCAAGCUUCCAUCAGCCCCAGCCAGCAUGGCCUGUGUUCAGGAAUGAUGGCAGUUUGUGUUAUAUAAUAAUGCAUUCUUUAUAUCCUGCUUUUCCCCCUAUACUGUAACUCAAGGCGGAUUUCAGAAAUUAAAGCAAAACAGAUAAAAUACAGAAAGCUAAAAACAUACAGAAGAUAAUAGUUUAAAAAGAAUUAAACUGUAAUAGAAUUAAAACUAUAUAAACGCAAAUUAUGAAAAUACUGAUAGCAAAAAAUAGCAAAGCCCUAUUCAAAUCACUUUCCUUAAAAACAGACAGUUUCCAAAAGCGCAUGGGAACAAGGCAGCCUUCACGUGCCAGGGGAGAGCAGCAAGAAGGGAGUCAGUCUAGCUUCUCUAGGAAGGAAGCCAUAAAAUCUGGCAGCUGGCUAUCAUGAAGGCCCCCUCCUUGUAAUUAUGAAACAGUUGCAACCAUAAAAUAGUUAUGUAUGUUAUAAAUGAUGCAAAUAUUUUAAAACAGUCCAUCGCCUACAGGGUCAUUUGUGAGCUGCCCCUCCCCUAAGGCACUUUUCCUCAUAUGUUGCAUCUCCCACACAGUUUCCUGUUCUGUCUCCCCAUUCAGAAAAAAGAAGAAAAGCGGCCUGAGCUGUUUGUGAAUUUUAUGGAGCCCUGUUAUGGCAGCUGUUCUGAGAGGCAACAUCACUACUUCCUUAACUACGUUGAAGAAUGGUGAGUAAUGGCGAUCAUACAACAUUGAAUAGUUCCCUUUUAAUAUUAAUUAGGUGAGCAAAGGGCUGGGUGUAUUUAAAGAUUGCUAUUUGAAACUAACAGGGAAAGGUGUUUAUGCUGCUUGAAGUGGGUUAUGGAUUUGUGGUUGUUUCCUUCCUCAAGGGAUCUGGUCCUUGCAGCAUCUGCUGCUUCCACAGAGGUCAGCAUCCUCGCAAGGCAAGGAGACAAGGUAAUCCCACUUCCUAUUUCCCCAGCAAGUGCCUCUUAUAAGAAGACCAGAGGUCCCAGUGAGAGUUCCAGAGGGGUAGUUAUUAUUAGUCAGCUGCAGCAAGAAAUUGCAAAGUCUCAUGUCACCUUGAAACCCAUGCACUUACUGGGACAGAAUAUUUCAUUGAUUAUCGUUUAUUAUUAUUAUUUAUUUAUUGCACUUAUACCCCCCCCUUUUUUUCUCCAAGGAGCUCAAGGUGGUGUACAUGGUUCUCCCCCUCAUUUAAUCCUCACAACAACCCUGUGAGGUAGUUUAGACUGAGAGGCAGGGACUGGCCCAGUGAACUUGAUCGAUUUGAACCCUGGGCUCCCAGGUCCAAGUCUGACCUGCUAACAGUUACAUUACUCAGGCUCUUGCUUUUGUGGACCGUGGACUCACCCCCGCCAAUGGUGGUGGACCAGAUAUACCCUUUUGACUUUAAGGCAUCUCUUGAAGACCUUCUUAUGCCAACAGGCCCAUGCAACUGCUUAAACAUUUUCUAUUCCAGUCGUUUAAAUGUUUAUUUCAUAAUGUUUCACUUCUACUUGUACAUAUUGCUGUAUACUGCCUUGAUACUUUAUAUGAGUUGGUUGUACAUAAAAAUCUUUAUAAAUGAACCAAGGAUAAUAGUAAUUUUCCUCUCCACUGCACGUGUCACAGUGAUUUUUUAAAGUGGAAAAAAGCCCUUAUUACUACAAGUUGACCUCCCUGGCAGGAAUGAUUCCAGAGGUUGCCAAAGCACAGAGCUAAUUGGGAGUGGCCAUAGCUCAGUAGCAGAGCAUCUCUUUAGCAAGCAUAAGGCCCCAGGUUCCGUUCCCAGCGUCCUCAGGUAGCGUUGGGAGAUGCUCCCUGCUUGAAACCAUAGGGAGUUGCUGUUAGUCAGUGUAGACAAUACUGUGCUAGAUAGACCAAGAUCCUGAUUCCUAGUACUAAUUAAACUAACCCUUCUUACAGAACAACUGGGAGCUGUGGGUUCUGGAAGACUCCAGCCGAGCAGAACUUCCAGUCACAGAUAAGAGCGAUGACACUUUGCCCGUAGGAGUGGCCAUUGAUUACACCAGCAACAUGCCCAUAACCAUUAGUAAGUAUAUGAAUGUUGCUCUUGGGUUAAGGAUAAAGCAAACAGCAGCACUCUCUAUACCAGGUGUGGGGAACCUUUUGCCCUCCAGAUGUUGCUGAACCAUCAGCCCUAGCAAGCAUGGCCAGGGAUGCUGAGAGUUGUAGUUCAGCAACAUCUGGAGGGCUAAAGCUUCUUCACGCCUGCUGUAGAGGGAGCUUUAAUGCUGGUUAUUAGUCUUGAGAAGAUGCUAUUAAUAUACCUGGAAGUGCCCACCUUCUAACUGUGAUUCUCGAGGCUAUUCAGAGUGGGCAGACCUGUGACCCCGGGGCGAAUUGUGACCCUCCAGGCCUCCAUCUGGCCCAUGGGACUCUCCCCAGCUGACAUUGUUUUUUGCCUGGCUUCUGGUCCAUGGGGUUACGAAGAGUUGGAAACGACUAAACAACAACAACAGAAAUGCAUGGAAUAGAGUUGUAAUACAUGUUGCAUUAUUCAAGAGAAGUCAUCUUGGGCACCUAGUUCCCUUUGUAAAGUUUUAAACUCUUGCCAUUCUAAUGUAACUUCCUGGUCCCUUCCCAGACCAGGGCUGCUUACUAAGUGGAGGUACUGCUGAACAUGUCUGCUCAUGGUGUGUGUGUGUGUGUUUGUUUGUUUGUCACAUUUUUGCAGGUGAAGAUAAAACCACGGACCCAGCACCGGUACUGCUGCUGCUGUCAACUGAUGGAGUCCUCUGCCCCUUUUACAUGGUCAAUCAAAACCCUGGUGUGAGGUCUCUGAUGGUGGUGCCAGAGCCUCUCUCUCCAGAAGGAGACAGAGGAGCAAAAUCAGCUGGUAGGUGCUUGUUUGCUUUUUGGGGGAGUUUUGGUCCAGCAACACCUGGGGAUCCAAGGUUGUAGAACACUUAUCCUAAAGCACUUUGAAUGCAAAUGGAGCAGCCUGGUGCCCUUUAGGUGUUACUGAACUCCCAGCAGUCAGUGGCCAAGAGUAAUGAGAGUCAGAAUUCAACGUAUGGCUGGCACCUUGCCAGAGAAGGCUGGUGUAGAGUGAUAAGGAGGGUGUGGCAAGCAACAUGCACAACUUGAGAUCAAAAAGUUGUACCUGUGCCCCUUACCCUCCCUUUUCAAUCUUUCAAUUUUGCUCAUCAGCAUUUCCACCUUAAUAGAUCUUAAUAGAUCACAGUGUUCCAUAGGAGAGUAGGAAACAGACCUUAUGCCAGGUUUAUCUGCACUGACUGGCAGCAUCUCUCCAGGUUUCAGGCAAGGGCCUCUCUCCGUCCCACCUAGAGAAGCUGGGUGUUGAAUCUGGGUCUUUCUGCAUGCAAUGCAGAGGCUACCAAACUCUCCCACUUUGCGUAUAUGAUUAGAUGGACCUACGCUUUGGAUGCAAGGAGUCCUGUGUUCAGUCCUUGGCAUCUCCAGAUGGGGCUGGGAGAGACCCGGGUCUGGAAACCUGGGGAGCUGCUGCCUGACAGUGUAGACAGUGCUCAAUUAGCUGGACCAACAAUCUGACAUGAAAUAAGGAAUCUUCCUAAUAGGUGUGGGGGGAGCAGUAUAGUUCAGUGGUAGAGAAACCUGCUUUGCAUGCAGAAGGUCUCAGGUAUCUCUGGGUAGGGCUGGGAAUGUCUCCUGCCUGAACCUUGGAGAGCUACUGGAGAUGUCAGGGAUUGAACCUGGGACUUUCUGCAUGCAAUGCAGGUUCUUUCUCAUUGAGCUGCCAAUAUAUGGUCAGUAUAUUGGUAGUAAAUAUUGAACUCAAAGGGCGAAGAGAACUAUUUGUGUAUUAUCUGUUUUGGCCAGAGAUGAAGGUUCACUUCAAAGCCCUGUUCACUUUUCAUCUGUGUAAUUGCAUUUCCUGUUCAAUACGGAACACCUUAGUUUUGGCAAAGGCUUUUCUUUCCAGCUCCACUUGGCAUGCUUGUUGGCAGGAUGUUUGAUUCAGACUGACAUGAUCCUUGCCAAAAAUUGAUGGGGGAUUGUAGAAGGCCUUGUGCUCUUAAUUUCCAGCUCAAUUAAAAUCCAGCCGACCUGGUAAAUUGUAGUAUUGAUUUAAGGGCCAGCCCUUUGGGCAGGGAUCUGGGAGGUCCGAUCUGUGAGUCUGAAAAGAUCUAUUGUGCAUUUUUAUUAAAUUACUUUGUAUGUCUACCCUGCCAUAUCCUUAAACGGCAGAGCUAAUAUCAGUAUUCUAAGCGUGUAUCUGAGGGACGCGGGUGGCGCUGUGGGUUAAACCACAGAGCCUAGGAGUUGCCGAUCAGAAGGUCGGGGUUUCGAAUCCCCAUGACGGGGUGAGCUCCCGUUACUUGGUCCCUGCUCCUGCCAACCUAGCAGUUCAAAAGCACGUCAAAGUGCAAGUAGAUAAAUAGGUACCACUCCAGCGGGAAGGUAAACGGCGUUUCUGUGAGCUGCUCUGGUUUGCCAGAAGCGGCUUAGUCAUGCUGGCCACAUGACCCGGAAGCUGUACGCCGGCUCCCUCAGCCAAUAAAGCGAGAUGAGCACCGCAACCCCAGAGUCGGUCUCGACUGGAUCUAAUGGUCAGGGGUCCCUUUACCUUUUUAAGCAUGUAUCUGCGCAUGUACACAAAUCUUGUCUGGUCUUGAUAGAGAAUUAAAAUGUGUGCUGACUCUGGUCCUCCCCUGUGGGGAUAAAUGGGGGAAGGAGAAUCUCGUAUGAUGGCCUGCUGAGCUGUGGAGAUAAGUCCAAGGGCCUCUGAGAUACAUCUCAAUUGUAUAGGAAAGUCUCUCCACAAUACCAAGCUGUGCGGCAGUUGAGGGUCUUCUCCCUUUUGCAGUGAAUCGGCCUCAGUGUGUUAUCAGGAUCACCCCACAUCUUUCUUCCAAGCCCAGAGACCAUAGACAGCAGCUGCCAGUCCAAGCAAGCAAGAUUAAGUCAAAUGGGCAAAUAAUGUGCUAGGGUGAAGCAGCUAGCCUUUUAACUGCAGCAUACACCCAGUCACGGUUAAAAGCUUUCCACCAGCCUGCAUAACUGUAACUCCAAGAUGUCGAUUAUAGCAUCCUUGCCUGGUUUUAUAGCCCGGCUGAGUUAGACUCACAGCCCAUUUCCUUAUUCCUCAUCUCCUGUUGCACCUCCUGGCUAGCUCACCCUGUUCUGGAAUUGUUCUGCUCUGGGUUAGUGCUCUCAAUUGUCUUGGCACACAACACCAUUCUAGUGUGGCCCUUGAGUGUUGUCUGGCUUCUUCCUAAUGGGUCAUUCCACAUUAAUUCAACGCGGUCAUGCCACCCACCAUCUCGGAGUUUGAUGAAACUUGGUGUACACCCUUCCCUUAUGGUUGAAAGAAAGUAACCCCCUUAAUUUUUUUCCCCUCUUGAGAUCCUCGGCCUUGUGUACAUUUUUCCCCCCCUCCAUAACCAAUGAUCAGAUCUCUUUGAAAUUUUACACAGAGCUCAAUAAGAGGAUGAGGAUUUCAGGAAAAAAUACACCAGCACCCAAAAGUUUUUAUAAAUGCCUUUUAAAAAUGUAUAAAUGUACUGUAGUUUUUUUGGUGAAAAAACUAGGUUUAGAAAACCUAAAUUUUCAGCGUGUGGGCAUGAUGGAAUCAAAAGUUUUUGAUGGUGAAAAUUAUUGCAAAGACAUGCUCUUUCUCAACAGAGAAUAAGAUUUAAUGGUUUUUUUAUGUCUUGUAACAAAAUUUUACGUUUUUGGGACAUCAUGGGGGGAAAAUGGCUACCGGGUACAACUUUCCUACAAUGCAUAGCUGUAAUAGAAAAAAUAAAUGAAACAAAGUUGUUCCUCUUAAAAUCUAAAAUAAUAUUGGUUAUUACAGGUUGGUUUUUUUUUUCAAAAGUGCAGACUACUUUUUCAGUUUUGGGGUAUUUAAAACUAUGAAAAUUGGCCAUAUCGUGAAAUCAAUCUAAAAAAAAUUUGGUCAGAAACUUUAAAUGCUGGCAUGUAAGGAAAUAAGACCUAGCAAGAAAAAGAUUAAAAGAAUUUAAAAUUAUGCAUUAUUUUCAAUUUCGCAACCAUAAGGGAUGGGUGUUCACUAAGUUUCAUCAAAAUCCGAGAGGGUGGGUAGUGAAACCCUUGUUUUUUUAUUUGAUGUGGAAUGGUCCUAAUGUCACGUAGUAACUUUUAACAAAACCUCUCAUCUCUCUUCCAGGCAGCACUCCCCCGUCAUCCGCUUCCGCUUCUGCUCCUCCAAAAGUUGAAGCUUCCUUGGCCGUUGUCCCAGCCACAUCUGCAGUUUCCAGCAAAGGGGCAGCCCCUUUGUCUUUCGCUUCCUUCACUCUGAAAUCCACCAGAUCUGCCGCUGAUGCCCCGCCGCAGUAUCCUGGCGUAUCGGAGACCCCCAAGCCUCCCCUUGGUUCCCACCUGAGCGGAGCAGUCGGCUUCCCCUUCUCUCCAACCACCAGCAUCUCCAAAGCGCCUCCAACUCCAUCUCUGCUGUCCAGCCCCAUUACAGCUUCUCCUCCCUCCUCUUUUGGUUCCGUGAGUUAUAAAGCGGGCAUGGACAGCUCAGUCGGGGCCCCUCCCUUCGCGAGUCCUGUUGGGCUAAAGCAAGGUUUUGCCUCGCCGCCUUCCUCCGUCAAAACUAACCUCACUGAAAAGUAAGUCUCCCUUUGAGUCUUUUUAGCCAAUGUAAUCGUGGUGGUGUUGAAGCAGUUUUUGAAUGUUUUCAAAAGCACAUUGUUUUAAAGUUGGUGGGGCUCUCCGUGUGUUGCUGGAUUCAGGGUUCCCAUUGUCCAAUGGAACAUGCUGAUUGCGGCUGAUGGGAAUUGGAGUCCAAUACCCGGAAGGGCACCACAGGUUCUGCACCAGGGGCCCCAUCUGCAUUGUACAUCUAAAGCAGUACCGUUUUAAACAGGUCCUCCGUCCAAGGAAUCUUAGGAACUGCUUGUUCAGGGGGAUGAGAGCUGUUAGGAAACCCAGAGUUCCUGGGAAGGAGGAUUGACUCUUAAGCCACUCUGGAAAUUAUAUCUCUGUGAGAGGGAAUAGGGGUCUCCUAAGCUAUCGCUGUGGUCUAAAUCACAGAGCCUAGGGCUUGCCGAUCAGAAGGUCGGCGGUUUGAAUCCCUGCGAUGGGGUGAGCUCCCAUUGCUCAGUCCCUGCUCCUGCUAACCUAGCAGUUCAAAAGCACAAAGUGCAUGUAGAUAAAUAGGUACUGCUCCAGCGGGAAGGUAAACUGUGUUUCUGUGCGCUGCUCUGGUUUGCCAGAAGUGGCUUAGUUAUGCUGGCCACUUGACCCAGAAGCUGUAUGCCAGCUCCCUCAGCCAAUAAAGUGAGAUGAGCGCCGCAACCCCAGAGUCGUCCGCGACUGGAUCUAAUGGUCAGGGGUCCCAUUACCUUUAUCUUUAACUUAUCUCAGCAGGCUUAACAAGCAACAGCUCCCUUGAUUCUUUUGGAGAAGCCCUGACUAUUGGUACUGCUUUAAAUAUAUAAUGCAGCUAUUUUUCAAUACAUUUGUGGGACAGAGGAUUUCCACUGCUCUUGCAGAGUGCUGAUGGCACAGGGUGUGACCAAGGGCACCCUUCAUGCAGCUACGGGUAACAGUCACCUGCAAAAGGCCUGUACCAUGAAGCGUCCUAGUCCCAAGAGCAUGAAUUCUUCUAUUCUUCCUCCCUCCCCAGGUUCGCUGCUGCAGAAUCUUCUACACCAGCUGCCAACAGCGGCCAAAGCUCCAGUAUGUUCUCCUUUUCACCUGCUGCAAAGCCUGUACCUGCUGGGACUCAGGUUCAGUCCACUGUGCUGGGCCCUCCUCCUGCAGUGCCGAUCAAGGCUUCCACCCCAGUCUCUUCAGCAGGUACAUCCCCUCUCCCUUUCCCCCUUUUUCUGCUGAUGAAACCUCAUAUGUAGUUGUGACUGCAUUACAUGUGGAUUAGUAUGAGAAACAGGGAUUGAGGACUAUAAACUUUGUACAAAAAUGUAAGUGGCAUUUCAACAUCCCACAGUGGUUAGUUCUUUUUGCUGAAGAUGUCUAUUGCUGCCACACAGAUUUGAUUUUAUUUUAUUUUUAACUGCCUGGCUGUGAUCCCUCCUUUCUGGGAUGGUCACAUGUGUGCUUAGAGCUCUCUUUGCCACGGUGGUCUGCUCUUUCUUGCUAAUUUCUGCCCGCUGUUGCAUCAGGCAGUGGAGAUUGGCGCUUAUGGAAUCUCUUGCUUCUUGGGGGGACGGACGGACGACUUUCUUUAUUCAGUUUAAUUUAAAGUGUUUAUUUACUGCAGAGCUUUCCAAACUUUUCAUUUUGGUGACACGCUUUUUAGACAUGUAUCAUUUCACAACACAGUAAUUCAUUUUUUUACUAGCAAACUGGAGGUUAAACUAACCCUAUUCCAGCACUGGGAGAAGCGUGGGGAGCAUUUGCAUGACACACCUACACACUGCAGCUGACACACCAAUGCGCCAUAACACACAGUUUGGAGAGCUCUGAUCUACUACUUAAUAUUUCAAAAAUCUCCUAAGCAGCAUUUAGUCUAAAAACAAACAAACAACAUGUCAUUAAAACUAAAACACAACCUUAAAAACAGCUAUAUGGAAACUACAUAAAAACAUAUAAACUUAAUUUUCCUGAAAGCAGAUAGCCACACUUACCAAAUCCUGUAAUUUUUGAAAUUCAUUAGUCUGUGAGUCAUUUUGUUUCUUUUUGGACUCUUAGUGGUGCGUCCUUCUCAGAGUGCUCCUCCAGCUUCCAUGCUCCAGAAAACGGCCAAGAUUUCCUCAGCUGUUUCAAAAGUGAGCCCUUCCCAGGUACGGUAAUUAGAAGCUGACCUGUCUAUCCUUGACAGGAACCAUAUUGUUCCAUCUCAAAAACAAGGAUCAAAUCCGACAGAGUUUACUGCAUGAACAAAGCUGCUUCUAUCUCACACAGCUUCUCUCUGAAAGAUUGAAGGAGUCUCUGAGCAGAUUUGGGAAAGGGAGACAUUCAGUUACAUGGGUGAACCCCAAGAGUGUGCUCCUAUGCAUAUUAGGUGGUUAUUUAGGAAGGAAGACAUUUUAUCUGUGACUCCUGGUGGAUAUGUGUCUCGGGGUGCCUAAACACUGUUGAGGGUGGGGUGGGGGUUGCUUAGGAGAUUUUAGGGGGGCAGGUUUUAAUUUUGGGGAGGCUUAAUUUUUCUUGUCCUUGGUAUUAAUUUUUUGUACCAUUAUUGUCAGACCCACCCGUAUAGACAAGCAAAUUACAAAUUUUAUUUACUUGUGUUUCGCUUUCAACACACAUGCUCCCGCCUUCCUCCUUCUCUUCCUUUUACAUAUUCAGAAGUUUUCUUGUUUUAUCUCUCAUAGCAGAACAUUUUAGUUCUAAAAUUCCCCAUCAAACAAUAAUAAAACAUUUGUGCCUUGCAGGGUCGGCAGCAACCACCCACUGCUGGGGUAGAGAAACAGACUCACCAGUGGAAUGAUUCAGAUCCUGUCAUCAUAGGAAUCAGGGAGGAGGUGAGGCUUUCUGGAGCUAUGAUGUACUGUUCCUCCCCAGGUCACCUUUCUUUGAACCUGGACUCCAUAUGAAGUUGGACUUCAACUCUCAUCAAUGGUCAGAGGAUGAUGGGAGUUGUAGUCCAACAACAUCUGGUGGGCAACAUGUUUGCUGUCCGUACUGUUCUUCCCCAACCUGAGCUCUCAGCGGUUGGGUGUGUCGUCAUUUAACAUGCAUGAACUACUAAACUUGUUCCUGUAGAUUGCACAUUUCCAGAAGGAGAUGGAAGAGCUGAAAGGCAGGACAGCCAAAGCUGCCAUCGAAGUGGGCACCGAGGAAGAGGAGGAGAUGUUGAGGAUGGAGUCAAACGACCUUCACACUUUCCUUUUGGAGAUCAAAGAGACAACAGAGGUAAGAGGAUUUGGGGGAGGAUGUAGCCUCCAGUUGAGAACCAAGUUUUCCUUCAUGCUCAAUUAUCUCAGUGUUGAGAGUGGGUUACUUGUUAGGUCCUGGUUUUUACAAAUUGAAGAACUUCUCAUUCUGUUGACUGCAUGGGACGAUUAUGGCGGUAUUACUAUUACUGAGACUGUGACAUUUUCUGUGCAAUCUUAACCAUGUCUGCUCUGUUUGGUAGCCCUGGUAAUUCAAGGUGGGUGUUGUAUUCUUCAUUGUGUGGUGUAUAUAUUUUAUUUUCAGCUUUGCCUGAAACAGCUGCCAAGUCAGUAUCAUAAAGCACAGUGGUUUGAAAUGGCCUUCUGAUUGCUGCCCCACUCAAGACCCACUUAUUAAAUACAGUAGUUAGUUCACUCCAUUGUUUCAUAAUUGAGUGUAUGUUUUCAUUUGCUGAAAACAAUAUGCUGUGCCUUAAUAGGCCACUUUGCCCUUGGCUGCACACCUCAUGUAUUUUCCUUAUUUAUCAUACUUAUCCUAUUCCCAUCAGAUUGCACUCUUAAGGAGGAAGUUUGAAAGGGGGUUUGGUGCUCCUGAAGGAGACGUACUCUCUCCAUUGUGUUGCCUCUGGUAAAUAGGUUUGCUGGGUUUUGGGGAACCGUCCCACAAACCUUUUUUGAGCUAGAGACAAAAGUAAGAUGACAGAAAUGUGCAUACAGCAUAGUUCCAUCUUCUGGUUAAAGAAGCUUAGCACCAUGUCUGAACUGAUAACCAUAAUUUGUGACUGGCUUGGAAACCAUGGUCUGAAGGCUGUUUGGGUUUUAUUCUUUUGGCAAAUCAUAUAUAUUUGUUGAAUGAUUUUUAGCCACUUUUUGUUCAAACUUCUCAGAAUGACUUUAGAGCAAAAAUCCACAGCAAGCCACUUAAAAAUUCCAGUGGGAAUAAAAGGUCUGGUUUUGAGCUAAGACUGAAAAUAAAAUAAAGACAGCAUCAAGCAAACAGUUUGCCACAGUUGAAGCCUCUAGACCAGGGGAGGGCAGGCUUCCAAGAUCUGCUGUUGCUUUUUCUGGAAUCCUGAUAUUCAAACAGAACAGUUGCAAAAGGCACACACUUAAGGACAAAUCCCUGGGCUUAGUUUUCUUUAAUGUUGAGUACCAGAACUGAACGGCACCAUCAGUAAUUCUUACCCAAAUCCACCCUGGUUACCAUCUACCCAAGGCUUUCUUCAUUUCAGUAACAUAUAAUGGGACAGGUUGCUAAUGUUAUUGUUGCCACUGUUUUUGUUCUAUUUAUCUUGGGGUUUUGUUUUUUUAAGUGCUCUGUUUUGUCUAAUUAGUUUAGUUAUGGUUAUGGGGUGGCAUACAGAUGCCAAAAAUUUAAAAAGAAAUGAACAGGGAACUGGGAUGCAGACAGGCUUGUAGAAGCCUUGUGAUUUGUUAGGUCCCACCACCCCUGCCCCUGAGAUGUAGAAUCAUGCUUCUGGCAACAGUUUGUGCUGCUGAACUGUGUUGUUGCCCCAGUAUAGCUUUCUUCCAGACCUGAUGAAUUAACAUGUCUGUGGAAAAGCCACAUAUGUGUUUUGUGACAAAGAGUUCCACCUACUUCCUGGUGGGUCUUCCUUUCCCUUUGUUCCUUUCUUGUAGUCCCUUCAUGCAGACUUUAGCCUCCUGAAGACAAGCCUGCUGGAGGGGUUUGCAGGGCUGGAAGAAGCAAGACAGAAGGACAAGCGUGCUCACAACUCUGCGUAUCUUCACCUGCUCUAUAAGAGGCCUUUGGACCCCAAAAGUGAAGCUCAACUUCAGGUAGGAUCCUUGAUAGGGCAAGGGGGUCAGAGCUUUGGGAGCCAGGGGGAAAUUAUAAAUAUCUGCUAGGGAGGCAGAGGCUGUCUUUCUUGAUUUGGUCCCCAGCAGGUAAUGGUACCUGUUCCAGUUAGAGAUGUCACAUAGGCUGCUCCAAUCUCUAGCAAGCAUUCCCUGCUGCUAGUUGCUCCCUUCUCAGAAGUUAAGCGUGUUUGCUUGGAAAUGUUUUGGUAAGAGCUUUGGACAGUGUAUAUGAAUCUCUUACCUCUUCCACUCCUCUUUUUACUUCCCCAAGAGCCCUGUCAAGUAGAUUAGACUGAGAUAUGGUGAGUGGCCCAAGGCAACCUUGUGAGUUUCAUGUCUUUGGAUAUUAGAACCUGGGUUUCCCUAGUCUUAUAAAGGUAAAGGGACCCCUGACCGUUGGGUCCAGUCGCGGACAGCUCUGGGGUUGCAGCCCUCAUCUCGCUUUAUUGGCCGAGGGAGCAGGCGUACAGCUUCUGGGUCAUGUGGCCAGCAUGACUCAGCCACUUCUGGCGAACCAGAGCAGCACACGGAAACGCCAUUUACCUUCCCACCGGAGCGGUACCUAUUUAUAUACUUGCACUUCGUGCUUUCGAACUGUUAGGUUGGCAGUAGCAGGGACCGAACAACGGGAGCUCACCCCAUCACAGGGAUUUGAGCCGCCGACCGUCUGAUCUGCAAGUCCUAGGCUCUGUGGUUUAACCCACAGCGCCACCCGCGUCCCUUUCUUAGUCUUAGUCAGUCUCUUUAUCCAAUACCCCAGGGCAGCUAUGUUUUGGUCCUUACAGCUGUUGGUGAACCACAACUCCUAGCACCCCUGACUAUUGGCCAGGCUGGCUGGGACUCAUGGAGUUGGAGUCCAACCACAUCUGGAGAACCACAGGUUCUCCAGUACACUGUUGUACUGCUUCUCUGUGAAUACAUGUGCAGUUCCCCAGAUUGGAUGGAAACUAUUUGUAGACUGGAUUGGGUUUGUGACUACCUGUUGACAGUCCCUAUUAUUUUUGCUAAAGUGGCCAUGGCCCAGAUGUAGAACAUUUCCUUUGCAUGCAGAAGGUCCCAACUUCAAUCCCUGUCAUCUCCAGGUAGAGUUGGGAGAGAACCCUGUCUGAAACUCUGGCGAAGUGUUCCAGUCAGUGUAGCCAAUACUGAGCUAGUUGGACCAGUAGUUUGACUCAGUACAAGGCAGCUUCCUGUGUACAUUGGCAGUUGAUUCAGAACCAUGAGGACUAGAAUCUUCCUUAUGUUUAGGGGGAAAUCAAUAGCCCAGUGGUAGAGCACCUGCUUUGCAUGUAGAAAGUCCCAGAUUCAGUCCCCAGCAUAUCCAAGUAGGGCUGGGAAUGUUCCCUGCCUGAAACCCCUGAGAGCCACUGCCAGUCAGUGUAGACAGUACUGAGCUUGAUGGACCAAUGGCCUGACUCAAUUUAAGGCAGCUUCCUACGUUUCUGGGGUGAGCAGUGCCUUCAUUGUACGAUUGUCUAAAGGGCAAAUUGUUGGCCCGCUGGCCUAGAGGCUGUUCUUUAAGCCAAUGUCAUCUUCUCAACAUUUUUCUUUGCUCCGUCUUCAAACAUGGAGGGCAGAGUUUUUGUAAUGAAGUGCCAGUUUAAUAAUUCUAACCCAAUUUUUAUAAAGAAAAAGUGGGUUCAUCAUCGGGGAUUGUUUUAUCACCACAAAGUGCCAUGCUGCUCGAUGUGAUGAUUUACAAGGACUUGAGCUGCUGCAGUUAAUUUCACGGAUGGGGAGGCUGGAAGCCAAAUGGGCUUGUAAAUGCUGGGUUGCCGCAGGAAGUUCCUGCCAAUGUGCAAAAAGGUUUUUUCGAACGAUAGACUUCACCUCACUCUGCUUGCGCUUCUCCUCCCCUGGGGUGUCAGAAGUUAAACAAGCUAUUUCUCCCCUGUCGUGCUGAACUGUAAAAUAUUGAACUGAGCCUUGGCUGGUAUUGUGUAAUUGACACAGCUUGGAUGCAUGAGGAUAAUGUGGGAUGCGACCUCUGAGCAGGAACCAUAAUUAAAACAGUACCUUAGAAGGCUGAAUGUAAGGUCAGGGUGUUAGUUAAUCUCUUAUUGCCCUUGGGUGAUAACUCCCUUGCCAUAAGAAGAGCCCUGCUGGAUCAGGCCAAAGGCCUACCUUCUCCAGCCUCCUGUUCUUACAGUGCCAACCAGGUGCCACAGUGGAAAGCCUGGAGUGCAGCUGCGCUGUCCCUACUUGCGAUUCCCAGCAACUGAUAGUCAGAGGCAUACUGCCUCUUUUUUUGCUAUAGGGAAUUAAAAUCGAGGGAAGCAUUUCUCUCUCUCUCUUUUGACAAUGCUCUUCAAAAUAGCAACACAUCCUUGCCGAAAGCAGCAGCCAUCUCUCCCUACAAGUGUAGCAGCCAGCAAAUCAAUAUCUUCCGCAGCCCUGCUGAGUUCUGAAGCCAGUGGAACAAGCACAUUCAUUAAACUAAAGAAGCCUUUUUGGGGACAAUUUUCAAUCAUUCAUGCACACCAGUUGAGGCUCCAACAGGCCCCCUGCAGGCAAUAAUCAUCUUCCCCAAAUGCCACAUCUAAAUAAAAAUAGGGCAUUGAGUCGUUGUUGCUUGAAUAAACAUGUGAAUCUAGAUCUGUAACGUGAUACAGAUAAGCAGAAUCUGGCUGGAUUCGACUGAAGGCCUGUCUGGCUCAGCAUCCUUUUCUCACAGUGGCCAAUCAGAUGACUCUUUGGAGCCCAUGAACAGCAACAGCCCUUUCCACUUUGGCCCCAUUUUCUUGAAACCACUUCCAUUAUUAAAUAACCCUUUUCAGUAUACAAAAUGCUUGAAGGUUCACUUUGGCCUCCCGGCACCACUGUGAGUUAGGCUUGAGACAGGUCUAGGCAUGCAGCAGAGUGAGGUGCAGGCUGAGGGAGGGCAGCUCUGGUUUACAUAAAUCAAGAAAGACAGCCUGAUUUUCUCAAAUUCAUCCUUUAUUUCUGCAAACUGCUUUGUACUCUACUAUGGUACGUCAAGCCCUCUAACAAUGCCUUUUCCCAAAUCCCAGCCAACCUGCCUUUCUCCAAAAGCUCCAGUGUCUUCCAGUGAUUGGCUAGUUCCAGAUGUGAAGCUACAAGUUUCCGAUUGGACUAUUUUAGUAUCCUCAAGCUGCCCAAUCACUAAUAAGGCUAAAGCCGGGUCAGAGAAGAUAGAAAUGUUUUAAAAUAAAUGCCUUCUCUAAGGUUGUUUGCACUGAUUCUUUGGUUAUUUAUUCAUCCUGCCCCACAUUUCCUCAACUGGGUGCUGGAAGCCUCAUUGAAAUCUAGAUAGAUUACAGUCUGUUAUUAACCACAGAAGGAAACCAAAUCAGUAUGGUUGUAAACUCUUGAUAAUCUUAAUAAUUUCUGAAACAAACCACACACACACACACACACACACACACACACACACACACCCACAUAGUGUCCUGAGUGGAUUAAAAAUGAUUCUAAAUUCCCCACCCUCUUUUUUCUGGGCAGGAAAUCCGGCGCUUACACCAGUACGUGAAAUUUGCUGUUCAGGAUGUGAAUGAUGUCCUGGAUUUGGAGUGGGAUCGGCACCUGGAACAGCAAAAAAAGCAGAAGUGAGUUUUCAAGCUUACUUCUUAGCUAAGUGAUACUCAAAAAGCCAAGUGUCUUCAAAUAUCAAUAGUGCGGUUUGCAACAUAAAAACACAAAUAUCUAGCAUGAUAACAAAUGCCAGUUGGUGCAGCAGUAAAACUGCUGGCACAUUUUCAAAGCUAAGCAGAGUCUGGUUUCAGGUUUCAAGCUGGACGAGGGGACUGACUGGGUUGAGAUUCUUGCAUUGCAGGGAGGUGGACCAGAUGACCCUCUGGGUCCCUUCCAAUUCCUCAGUUCUACAAUUUGAUGGUAUCAUAAAACGAAACAAAACCCCAGUUCUUAUAAGAAAAGCCCUUCUGGUUUAUGCCAAUGGUCCAUCCUGUUCUCACAGUGGCCGACCAGAUGGCUGUAGAAAACCGAUAAGCAGCAUUCAAGGACACGAGCACUCCCUUCCUGCGGUCUCCAUCUGCAGAGAUAUGAAGCGUUAUUCUCUGACCUACCAUUUACAAUCUGCAUUUGUGCUUUAAGUGUUUUAAUAUAUGACAUUCUUUAAAUGUUUGCAUUGUUUUGUUUUUUCCUGUGUUCUUUUGCCUCUCUCUUUCUCUCCCUGUUGAAAUUUGGUUUCUGGUUUUUCCUUUUCCAAAUAGGCACUUACUGGUACCUGAGCGCGAGACUCUCUUCAAUGCCCUCACCAAUAACCGGGAGAUUAUUGACCAGCAGCUGAAACGGCUGAAGAAUUUGGUGGGCAGCCUGCAGGAGCUCCGCUUGUACAAUCAGACGCCACGGUGGAGCCUAUCCACUACCACCUCUUCCAGCAGCAGCAUACAAAGGUGGGCAUAGCUCAAGAAACCCCCCAAGCAGCUUUGCUUUCCCACUCUGCAGUGCAUUGGUUUGUCUGAGUGCUGAGUCCAAAGCUUUGCCAAAGAAGGAGCAUUGUGUCCAAGUUUUGCUCAGCGUAGACACUGAAAAGAAUGAAGAUUACUAAGUUAGGCCCAUUAAUUUCAAGAGGUUUACUAUUUGAGUUGAACACAAUCCAUUGAAAUUAAUGGAUCUAUGUUGGUCAUGUCUGUUAAUUUCAAUGGGUCUAAUGUUUGAUGUAAGCCACAUUUGCCUUCCUUGUGUUUGGGUCUAGAUGGAAUGGAAAGCUUGUGUGUGUGUAUACAUACUUUUUUAAAACAGCGUGUAUCUAGUGCUUAAAGCCCCAAAGGGUGCUAUGAAUAACAGAGAACUUGGCAGUGGGACAAACUAAGUAGGCUUUUGAGCUUUCAGGGGUUGUGGACUGAAACAGAUACAUGUGUUGAACCAUGUUCCACCCCCACCAUCCCCACAUUCCUCCAACCCAUCACCAGCCCCAUCCAGCUUUGCGUGUGUGUUUAAUAUCAUUGAGUAAACAUUUUCUGAAAAUAUUUUCCUCUGUUCAGUUUGAAUAAUAGUGACUUUUAGUCCGUGGAUUCUGUUAGAAACUGUAUCCCACCAUCCUUUAUACUGAGCACAGUCGUACGUGUUUACAUGUCUAGAAGCUGCUUACCUUUGCCCAGGGGGCUUUGAGUUGCUCAAAUUUCACCACCACCUUCCCCAUCCCCAAGUACCACAUUCUAUACUAUGGUAGUCCCCUCCCCACAAAGAAGAACAUAUCAUGGCGGGUUUUAUGGUGGGUAAGGGACUCAAGUUAGAGGGGAAGGAGAUGGAAAAGUCAAUUCCAUGGGCUGAUUCCACUUACGGAACUUGGAAUCCAACCUCUUGUAACUGAUAAUGCAGGUGGAUCUUCUUGUCCUGCUGGCCAGUUUAGUUUUCCUCAAAGGAACAUGCCUGUAAACACUAGUUUCCUGUGAGUUGCUUGCUUUUCUUUCUCCAUAUGUACUUCAAUGUCUAAAUAGAAUAGCAUAGUGGUUAAGAGCUGUGAGCUAAAAAAUGGUCCCUCUCUACUCAAUAUUUACAAUAUUUACAGUAGCUGAGUUCACUGGAAGCCAGCCUACAUAAAGAGUUCUUAUAAAACAGAUGGUGGGGGACCUUUGGCCCUCCAAAUGUGGUUGAACUACAGCUACCAUCCACUCCUGGCCAAUAGCCCAGGUGUGGUGGGAGUCAUUGUUGAGGAUCAAAGAUUCCCUACUGUUUUUUUAAAAAAAUAUAAAACAGUAAAUGCUCACAGAUGCAGCUCUAUUUAUGGGAAAACUGAAGUGGUUGUUUCAGACUUUGGAUGCUUGGAUGUGGGGGCAGCCAUGGUAGCAGCCCCCAUUUCCCUCUGUUGAAGGACAGAGCUCAGUGUGUGCAUGCCAUGUGGCCGGUACUGUAUCCCCUAACCUAGAGGUUUUCAACCUUUUUGAGUCCACGGCUGCCUUGACCAACUACGUUCUUUCUGCAGCACCCCUGUGGGGCUCAGGAGCCCAGUUAUGUCACCCCUUGCCUGAAGGGCUAGCAUCCUCUUUCCCAAAACACCCUUCCUUGUGGAGUGUUCCUUCAGCCUCCUCUCCUCUCCCCUCUCCUUGGGAGUCCUCCAGGCAGCUGCCACCACUGCCCCUAGUCUCUGAACUCCCCCCCCCCCCCGCAGCCUCCCACUUGUCUCUUGAUACAAUACGAUACGAUACUCUUUAUUGUCAUUGUCCCAUACAGAACAACGAAAUUGAAAAAUCUACAUAAGACAUUCAAAACCCAGCAAGCCUGCUAUCCCAGCUAUCCCAACCUGGUUAGCCCUCCAAAAACUCUGAUGCCCCAUUUUUUAAUACAAUAUACUCCCAUACAGACUCCUUACAAAGCGUUUAAAACCAAAAUCGCAUUUGGGUAGAAACUGUUUCUCAGGCGGCUAGUCCUAGUCUUUAUUAACCCUGUACCUUCUUCCAGAAGGCAGAAGCUGAAAGAGAUUAUUUCCUGGGUGCGCACUAUCCUGCGCUAUAUCUGCAGCUUUCUUAUGGCACUUGGAAGCAUAGAUUAGAUCCAAGGUGGGAAGAGUGCACCAAAUUAUUCUCUCUGUAGUCUUUACAACCCUGGACAGCAUUGUUUUUCCCCUGACUGUGCAGCUCCCAAACCACAAACACAGACCAUAAAUUAAUACACUCUCCACAGUACAAUAGUACUAUGGUACCAUUCCCAACAGCAAGGGCUGGCUGGCUGGGCUCUCUCACCCGCUUGUUUGCUUACUCUGAGGCCACUUCAGCUUCUGGCAACCAGCCACCCCCACCCCCCACCCCCUGGCCAGCCCCAGAGGCACCAUUUGCCUGGAGAGCUUGUAGCCAGGGCUGCUGCAACAAACAGCUGUGCAAGCUUUUGGGAUGCAGAGAUGUGAGAGGGCAUCAGAGGAGGGAGAGAGGGACGGAGGCCAGUGUUCGCCUGACUGUCAGUCAAGGCACCCCAGGGUGCCACAGCACACUGGUUGAGAACCACUGGCCUAACCUGCUUCCCACAAGUGCAGUGGAGGCUUCUUUUCCUACUAACCAUCACAGGAGGAUGCUGUCCUAUCACUUUGAACUUCUUGUUUAAUGACACCAGACAGGUGCCUUUACUAUUCCCUUUUCAGUGCCCAUUUUUUGUUUAGGUAAGCUUGUCCAGACACAUAGAAACAGGAAUUUAAAAAAUAUUUAAAAUCCACAAUAAGAAGAAAAAAAACACAUUAAAAUUAAUGUUGACAUUCUGUCUAUCUUGUCUUUCAUAAGGCAAGCAUCUCCAAAUGUACAGAUGUUGACAUGCUUUAAGCUCUUUUUAAUUGCUCAUGUUAUUUCUUUUAAAAGGUUUUAAAAUUUGUUUCUGGUUUUGUAUUGCUAAUUUUACAGUUUAUUGUAAAGUGCUUUAAGGUUUUAUUUAUUACAAUCAGGGUGUGUGUGUGUGUGUAUAUAUAUAUAUGGUUAAUCAAACCAGGUGAUUUUAUUGUUUUUGCUUUACUUUUUGUAAGCCACUUAGAGGUUCCAUUUACAAUUAAGUGCUAUAUUGUUGUUAAAUAAAAUAUGAACAUAUUUUUCCUCUUCUAAGUGUCAGUAAGCAUAUAGGUAAGAUGCAUUGGUAACUUAGUGUCUUCCUCUGCACCUCAUCAUAGUAUUACAUUUUUUGCUUCAGUUUCUUUUCCAUCCUCCGAGGAAGAGCUUUGAUAAGCGUUGUUGCAGAUGCCCCUGGUUUGUAUAUGAACUAAAAUCGUAUUGCAGUGUAUAAAAAUUGAGCUAAAAUUGGUAUUCAGCCAAGCUGCAUUCCAAGUAGAGCUAUUGAAAUUUAUCUAAAUCAGCCAUGUCCAUUAAUUUUGAUGGGUAUACUCUAAGUAGGACUAAUGUUGGGUUCAUCCCCAUAAAUAUUUUAGCUUUGCCUUUAGCUAAUUUUAAGUUGCUGAGACCACGUUUCUGCCAUGGCUUGUUGCUGUGCCAAGAAUCCGACGUUAGUUGUGCUUUUUGAGUUCUUCAGAAACAGUAAAUAGGGUCUGAUUGAUGCCUGGCUUCUUCUUUUUUCCUUUCCCUCCCUGCUGCUUUUCUAACUCUCAUCAACUCAGCCUUGACAGUGAACUGGAGAGCCUAAGUAACGCCUUGACAAAAGCUACUCUUCAACCUUCCACCAGAACUUCAAAAUCACCAGGUAGUGACUACAUUGGUCUGUUGUCAUGUCCUUGUGUAGUGCUAAUGUGUGUGGGUUUGUUUUCUGUGUAACAAGCACACUUUAGGGGACUCAUUGCACAGAGAUAAUAAUCGGUCUUGAUUACUGUAUAAUAAUUUAUCAAGGUUUUGUACAUCACAGUCAACCACACUAUGACUUACGAUGGGUGUGGAGAACCUUAUGGCCCUCCAGAUGUUGUUGAACUACAACUCCCAUCAGUCCCAGCCAGCAUGCAGGAUCCCAGGGAGAUGCUCACACCUGUUCCACUCCCCUUUUCGCUCAGCAUAGUGUGGCACCUUGGCUACUGAUUGUGGUAAAGGAAGAGCAUCCCAAAUCGCAAUCCUGGGCUCAGAAUGCAAGCUGAGCCAGUCCUUGGCUUAGUUGCUCUACCAAACUGACCUAAAAAGACUGGCAAAGCAACUGCGAUCUGCUCUGCAGGAGCCAGCAUGUUCAUGCUAAACCAUGGUUUGUCUUAGUGUUAACAUGUGAACCCAACCGCUGUAUGAAAUUAUAUAAAAAAUUCGUCUAGCUUGAGUCGCUUCUUCGAGCCUCAACUCUGCUUUUUUCCUGCACAGUGAAGCUAUAAAACAAGUUAGAAUAUAGUCACAGCAAUAAAAAUGUAGAUGGAGCAGCUACAGUAUUGUCCAUAAAACAACUGCUUUUGUGUGCUAAGUGUGAAGCAAAAAACCAAAACCAAAACCCUAACUUCACAAAGUUUCAGAAAUCCACCAUGAAGAUUCUACUAGCGUAUUUAAGACUGGGCCGGGUGACUGAUGAGGACUCGUUUUUCUUCUGGUUUGAUGGUGAUGUAAUAAAGCAAAGGAGGAAAUGAACAAAACAUUGUAUGCAGCUAAAUUCUACUUGGAGUGGACCCAAGUUAGUCAUGUUCAUUAAUUUCCAUGGAUCUACUCUGAGUAGGUCUAACAUUACAUACAACCCCCCCCCAGAAUAAUUUUUCAUCCGUAUUUUAUUUUUUGUGAUUAACUGUUACAAAUACUUCAUAUGAAGAGAGCUACAAGGCUAGCAUGGGUAACUUGUUUCACUUUGCAACCAUUCUUUUAUAUCAAAUAUUAUAAUCUUAUUUAAUCCUAAAAUAGAGAAUUACCUAUGGCCACCUUUUCAGUAGGUGUUAUGGACUACAAAAGCAUGCUGGUGCUGGCGGGACUUGCAGUCCAAAACCUACAGAGGGUGCCAGGUUGAGGGAAGCUGUUCUCAGUGGAGGAGGGAGUCCAUGGCGGUUGCUACUGGUUUCAAAUCCAUGGGCUGGCUUUCAGGUUAAUUUGAUAAAGUGUUCCCAGUACAUCUGGGAAACGUGAGUUCAACAAGCUGCACUAUGUGUAACUAGCAAGUUGGUAUCUCCUAACAUUUAAUUUACUCCUGCUCAGAGUAAAUGUAUUGAAAUAGUUGGGCAUGUCUUACUUCAGUCCAUUACUUUUAAAUGGAUCUGCUCUAGAACUCAGUUGGCUAGAAACCUUGUCUUUUUUUUUUAAGUGGAUGUAAGGGUUUGCAAUUGAAACUGAAUGUCUGCAGGAUUAUACGGGUCCAUACUGGCAGUGCUUGAUAAAUAAUCACACUUCUUGCUUCUCUUCUAGCCAAACUGUCCCCUGUGAAGCAGGCCCAGCUGAGGAAUUUGCUUUCUAAGAGGAAGGUGCCGCCCGUAAGGACAACUGCACCAGGUAUCCUCUGGGACUUGAAAAUAACUUCAUCACUUGGCAAAGUUGUUUUUCCAACUGUCUGCUCCCCCUGACAUACAGACACACACAAUAGCCUGCCUUUGCCAUUAGGUGGAGCCAGCUGCAAAGCAUUGCAAUAUAUUCCUCUCCUCUUCAAGGGGUCCUUCUGUUCAGGGUAGCCAUGCCUUCCUCCUCUACUAGCUGUAAGGGGCUCUAUCAGACCAAUUCACUAUCCAACACAUUUUGUAUAUUUCUUUUUUAAUUGACAACUUGGCAUUCUGUAGCUCCACUGACCAUGCUUGGUCUUCAUUGGCCUGCUUUUUGGAGGGGCUCCCCUUUGGGAGUUGUUGGGGUGUUGUUGUUUUUGUCCUUCUCCAGUCCUUGGGAUUUGCUUGAGUAUGCUGUUGUCUCCCUCUUGUUUCCAAGUGCUUGGUUCCAUUUUAAAUUAAUCUAAAGCUGCUUUCACACUAUACAUUUUAAACAUGUACUCUCCCUCAAAGCAGCAUGGGAACUAUGGUUUACCCCUUGGAGCUAGAAUUCUCAGCAACCUUAAGCCCAUGAUUCUUUGGGGGAAGCUAUGUGCUUUAAAUGUAUUGGCAAUAUAUGCAGUCUAAGCCAAUUUUAAUCUUGGGGUUGCUGGGUCAGAGCAAAGGCACCUCAAGAUAUCAGAGUGCCAAUAUCCCGUCAUAUCUUGUUCCAUGACUCUUCCUUCUGAAAUACCACCCACCCCCUCAAAGCUACUGUAUUAGCUUCCAAAUCAGGAAGGCUUCCUGUUGCUCUCAUCCCCUCUUUGCCUUAUGAUUUCAGCCAACCUCUCCCAAUCAGCCUUCCUGUCCUUGAGAUAUGAUGAAGAUUUGGAUGAUGUUAGCUCCACGUCUUCCAUUGCCCAGUCCCUGGAGAAUGAGGAUGUUCAAGCCCCAGAUCCAGAGGAAGAGGAGGUUGCCCCAAUCCAAGUUCCCCGGCAUGCCCCCGUUGUCCGAACCCCCUCAAUUCAGCCUGGUCUAAUGAUACAGCCCCUCCCUCAUGGCAAACCCCACAUCCCAAUGGGCACUUUGAGUGAGUAGACUAUAGAAUGCACAUCUUUCUCAUUUUGUGUUUCAUUUUGCAGGAUUUUUGUUUGUCAGUUUUGUUGGGAGACCAGGUGCUGAGCUGAGUUGAGAUGACUAGAUGCUGGGGAAACAAUUGUAGAAAUCUAAAGAUUGUAGCAGGAUUAAAAUAAACUGCAGAAAGGAAAGUGUAAAGUGUAAAAUGAAAACCUGCUGGAGGGAGGGAGGGAAGUCCGCGCUCGGUAGAGCGAUGAAAAAACAAGUGGGUAUAAGAUUAUGGAACUUUAUUGUAUUUGUUUUGUUUGUUUGAUUUAUGCUAAAGAAAAUUAAUAAAAAUGCAUUUAAAAAAAGAAGAAGAAGAGAUGACUAGAUGCUGAGCUGAGUUAAGGUGGACCAUUAGUCAGAUCAAGUAUAUUAGUUUUCCUAUGUUUUCCUGCUUGGAAUCUCUUUUGCUGAAAACAUGGACACUUUAUGCCAAGAAACCUAAAUUCUCCACUGACUCAUCCUCAACCUAAUUCUUCACACAUUCUUUUGCUCAUUUUGCUGAAAAUUGCUCAACCUCUUUGCUUCUGGGCCUCAGUAUUCUGACUUACUUUCUGUGAGCUGCAGGGUCUGGGAGGGAGCAAACUGCAGCAUUUGUUGAUGUUUCACUGUUAUGCUGCCCUUUUUCUAACAAGCUUAGGGCAGCAAACAUGGUUUCCUUCUCCCUACUACAGUGGUACCUUGGAAGUCGAACAGAAUCCGUUCUGGAAGUCUGUUCGACUUCCAGAAUGUUCGGAAACCAAGGCGUAGCUUCCAAUUGGCUGUAAGAAGUUCCUGCACCCAGUUGGAAGCUGCAGAAGCUCCAUCGAACAUUCGGCUUCCAAAGAACAUUCGCAAACUGGAACACUCACUUCCUGGUUUGCAGCAGCAUUCGGGUGCCAAAAUGGACAAGUACCAAGGCGCUUGACAACCAAGGUACUACUGUAUAUCUUCACAAAAACCCAGUGUGGUAGGUUAGGUUGAUAGCAAUUGACUGGCCCUGGGGUAUUGACCUCAGAGAGUCCCCAGUUCCUUGCAUGGCAGUUCCAGGCCUUUCUGGCUAGGGUUAAUGGGAGAUGUCACCUCAAACAUCUGAUUGGUAAAGGCUGUUUCUUUGUUUGUUUGUUUGUUUGUUUGUUUGUUUAGAUUUUGAAAUUUACAAACAAUUGUCAAACAACCAAAACGGAAAGAGAAUUCCGUCGAUUCCCCUGGACUUCCUUCUUCUCCUUUGUGGGUCCUUAUGUUAACUUCCCCCCCUUGCAUCUUCCCUAUUAAUCCAAAUCUAUUCUAUCUCCAUUACAACCAUAAUUCAUCGUUAAACUACAAGUAUUAUUCCAAUCCUACUAAUAAUUUUAAUUUAAGAACUUUGCUUCAGGAUGAGAACAGAAAUCGUGUGGCGGCAGCGGGAGGCCCCAUUAGCUAAAGUGGUACCUCAGGUUAAGAACAGUUUCAGGUUAAGAAUGGACCUCCAGAACGAAUUAAGUUCUUAACCUGAGAUACCACUGUAAUACUUGUAGUUUAAUGAUGAAUUAUGGUUGUAAUGGAGAUAUAAUAGAUUUGGAUUAAUAGAGGAGAUGCAAGGGGGGAAAGUUAACAUAAGGACCCACAAAGGGGAAGAAGGAAGUCCUGGGGAAUUGACGGAAUUCUCUUUCCGUUUUGGUUGUUUGACAAUUUUUAAGGUAAAUUAUAUAUUUUACCCAUUCCUUAUUAAAAUUUUGGUCUUCCUGAUUUCUGAUACUUCUGGUCAUUUUUGUCAGUUCAGCAUAGUCCAUCAGCUUAAUCUGCCAUUCUUCUCUGGUAGGGACUCUGUCUUCUUUCCAUCUCGGGCAGCAGUGGUCGCAUACAUAAAUAGUCUUUUCUGGUCCAUUGGUAUUUCGGCACCUAGAAUUCCUAGAAGGAAAGCUUUGGGGGUUUUUUAUAGAAAAAGUUAUUUUAAACAGUUUCCCCCCAGUUUAUUAUAUAUCAUCUCCCAGAAUUCUUUUACUACUUUAGCACGUAUGGUAAAAGGUGCCUUCUUUUUCCUUGCAUUUCCAGCAUGUAUUUGACCUUGUUUUAUACAUUUUAGCUAAUUUGCUAGGAGUUAAGUACGAACAAUACAUCAUUUUCAUAUAAUUUUCUUUCAAAGUAUGACCUCCUGUAAAUUUCAAAUCCCAAUUCCGUAACUUCUCCCAUGGCGUAAAUUGGGAGUUUUUCAUUCAGCGUUUAUUCUGCUUAAGAUCCUCUUCAAUAUUAUUUAUGUUCUUUUUGCCGGCUCAGUAUAAGGUAAAGGGACCCCUGACCGUUAGGUCCAGUCGCGGAUGACUCUGGGUUUGCGGCGCUCAUCUCGCUUUACUGGCUGAGGGAGCCGGCGUACAGCUUCCAGGUCAUGUGGCCAGCGUGACUAAGCCGCUUCUGGCGAACCAGAGCAGCACACGGAAACGCCGUUUAUCUUCCCGCCGGAGCGGUACCUAUUUAUCUACUUGCACUUUGACGUGCUUUUGAACCGCUGGGUUGGCAGGAGCUGGGACCGAGGAACAGAAGCUCACCUCGUCGCGGGGAUUCGAACCGCCGACCUUCUGGUCAGCAAGCCCUACGCUCUGUGGUUUAGACCAUAACACCACCUGCGUCCCUUGGCUCAGUAUAGUUUUGAAUAAAAUCUUAUCAAAAUGUUUUCUUAUAUCUUUCGGAUUAUCUAUAACUUUACCUUCUAUAUUGAACUUGAAAUCAGAAAUCAGGUCUUGCCAGUUAAGUACAUGUAAAUGUUCCCUCUCACAGAGAAAUAAUAAUAAUAAUAAUAAUAAUAAUAAUGUCUUAUUCCAACCAGGAGAAGCAUGUGUCAGGAAAAUCCAUUAAUAAUCUGAAUAAUCCAAUACUGGGGUAAACCUGCCAAUAACAGUAAGAUCAAAAAAGAAAAAGGGAGAUGAUAAUAAAAAUUAAUAAUAAAACCAAAGAUAAUAAUAAUAAUAAUAAUAAUAAUGCCAACAAAGUCCAUAUACUUUAUUCAAAUAUUUUUAUAUUUCUGGUGAAAAUUAAUUACUAAUAGGAAAAAUAAAGUAAAAUAUAUACCUUAUAGAUUGUUCCCAUGCAGAUUUUUCUAAAAAAACACGUCCGGGGUGGACCUCUUUUUUACAUCCCCCAACAUUUGCCAAAUUGAUUUCCAUUUCAAUAUGCAGUUUGUUAUUUAAAAAAUUCAGAGCUCUAAACUUUUGGAAAAGUUACUGCUUUGAUACUUUUUGCCGUGGAGCUGUGUUGCAGCCUGGUGCUUUUGGCUCAGUCUCCCCCCCCCCCGCCCAACUCUUUUCAGAGCAAUGAGUGGGGAAAAGAGCUCGGCAAUCGCACUGCCGGACUCCUCAGUUGGGGGUGCACGGUGCCCUCAAUCUUCCCCCAAUUCACUCGCUGUCCAACGCCAUUCCACAGUAACCAGACGUUGGUAAAGGCUGUUUUAACCACUACACUUCAGUGGCUUGGUAGAUAGGCGUACAAGGAAGGUGGUUGGACUGGAUAGCCAUAUUCAUGUGAGAGAGGUGGCUCUAUAGCCCCUAGAAAGUCAGUAGGCCGUAAAUGAAAUGGAAGUUUUGUGCAUCCUAUACUAAUUCUGUGCAUAAGCAGCAGGAUUAAAGAUACUAGUAUUUUUGUAACGGUUGGGAUUAAUCUGAGACUAACAACAACAACAACAACAACAAUUAUUUAUUAUUUAUUAUUUAUACCCUGCCCAUCUGGCUGGGUUUCCCCAGCCACUCUGGGUGGCUUCCAACAAAAUAUUAAAAUACAGUAGUCCAUCAAACAUUAAAAGCUUCCCUAAACAAGGCUGCCUUCAGAUGUCUUCUAAAAGUCUGGUAGUUGUUGUUCUCUUUGACAUCUGGUGGAAGGGCGUUCCACAGGGCGGGUGCCACUACCGAGAAGGCCCUCUGCCUGAUUCCCUGUAACUUCGCUUCUCGCAGUGAGGGAACCGCCAGAAGGCCCUCGGCGCUGGACCUCAGUGUCCGGGUAGAACAAUGGGGGUGGAGACGCUCCUUCAGGUAUACUUAGCCAACUUCGACAUACGCAGCCAUGAAGCCCUUAUUGAAAAUCUGUUUAUGGCAGGAAACGUUGUUACAAAGCGCUGGAAAUUCAUAAUGGGCCUCUACACACGCUAGUAUAGUUGAGGAAAGCCUCUUGGGAGGCAGAACUAAUAACAUUAACAGAUUAACACAUCCUUUGGGAAUGGAAGUGGAAAUUGUGAUAAGCUGUUGUGAAGAUAGGACCCUUUUGUGUAAAUUUUUAUUAUUACUGUACGGGUUCUCAGAGGACCUUUUACUUUUUGUUUUGGUCUCAAAUCAUUGCAAUAUUUUUUUUAAAAAAAAAUGCACACAGGGCCUCAAAGCCCUUGGCCCAGAACCAGAUAACCACAGAACUGAUUUCAUAUGGGUGCUGUGGACUUAAGACUCUGAAAUAGCAGCCUCCCCAGCUGUCUAGCAAACUGUUUUUGAAAGGGUCCUUCAAGAGCAGUUUGUGGUAUGGAACAGCAGAGCCUGAUACUUCAAAGGGUGGAAAGGAGAAGGAAACUAAAACCCAUCUUUCUUUCCCCUUCCAUGGUUCUUUUAAUUUUCCCAUAAUUUCUGCAUAGUCUGACAAAACCAUUUAGUUUAAUUCUCUCCCCCCCAUUAUAUUUCUUUAUUAUACAUUAUACUGUUGAAUUUACCUUAAUCCUGCUAGCGUUUUCACUUGUUUACAGUUAUUUUAAGAUAUUUGAAGAUGGCUAUCAUAUCUCCCAUCAGUCUCCUCUUAUCCAGGCUAAAAAUACCCAAUUCCCUAAACCAUUCAUCCUAAAGCUUGGUUUCCAAAGCCUUGAUCAUCUUGGUUGCACAUGUUCCAGUUUCUCAAUAUUCAUCUUAAUGUGUGGUCAAGAACUGGACACAGUCCUGUAGCUGGGUCUGACCAAGGCAAAGUGGAACUGGUUAUUUCCCUUGAUCUGGACACUAUACUUCUGUUGAUGCAACCUAGAAUUGCAUUAGCUGUUUUUGCUGCUGCAUUGCACUGUUGGCUCAUGCUAAGCUUGUGAUCUACUAAGACCCCUAGAUCCUUUUCACAUGUAGUACUGGAAAGCUAGGUGCCCCCCCAUCUUAUAUUUGGGCAGCUAGUUAUUCCUGCCUAAGUGUGUAGAACCUUACAUGAUGUUUACAAGAUGUUUGAUUCUCUGCUGUUCAUAGUAACUUAACAAUCUCCCACCCCAUUCCAGUAGCCAUGCCCAGAAUCAUCCCCCAAGGGGCAGACAGCACAAUGCUGGCAACAAAGACAGUGAAGCACGGAGCCCCCGCUCCCUCCACUGGCCUCCCAGCACCUCAGGCAGCAGCAGAGGCAGCAUUGCGGAGACAGAUGGCUACCCAGAACCCAGGUAAACCUCACACUUUGACCAGGUAUCGAUUUGGGGUUGCUAAUGAUUGUGUAGACUCUGCACAUCUCCUCAAAGGAACAUGGGUGGUGCUGUGGUCUAAACCACUAAGCCUCUCAGGCUUGCUGAUCAAAAGGUCGGCAGUUCGAAUCCCUGUGAUAGAGUGAGCUCCCGUUGCUCGGUCCCAGCUCCUUCCAACCUAGCAGUUCGAAAGCACCCGAAAAAAGUGCAAGUAGAUAAAUAGGUACCGCUCUGGCGGGAAGGUAAACAGUGUUUCCGUGAGCUGCUCUGGUUUCACCAGAAGCGGCUUAGUCAUGCUGGCCACAUGACCCGGAAAAACUGUCUGCAGACAAACGCCGGCUCCCUCGGCCUGUAAAGCGAGAUGAGCACUGCAACCCCAGAGUUGUUCGUGACUGUACUUAAUGGUCAGGGGUCCUUUAUCUUUACCUUUUUGCACAUCUCCUCACUUUUUAACUCCGGUUUUUUUUGAGAAGUUUUUCAUGCCAUUGAGACUCCAUUGAAGUAUUUUCUGAACCAACCCUUCUCUUUCAGUCAUGAUUAAACCGCCUCUUUUUCGUUGAAAGCAAACGAAAAAGAGGCGGUUUAAUCAUGACUGAAAGAGAAGGGUUGGUUCAGAAAAUACUUCAAUGGAGUCUCAUUGGUCGCUUGGCCAUCUUCCAAACCGGCUCAGCAUGUGAAUGGAAUGAGAGCACACAGCCUUCUUCCACUCCUAAACAAUGCUCUGCCCCACUUGUGUGGAUUAGAUAAAUUCAUGAAGAGCAAGGCUAUCAAUGGCUGCUAUAUAAAAAUCAUAUGCAAAGAGCACAACACCAUAUAACAACCACACACAAAAAUGCUGACGGGCACACAACUGUAACAAUCAUAUACCGAUAAGAACAACAUUGCAGUCUGGCAGAUACCAUUACCCUUGUGCAGAGUACAUUUCGGCAAGGCUUACAGGGGAAUCACGUGGUUCCAAAUCAUCAUUUUACUGAAGAAUCUUCUAAGAAGCCAAUAAUAGAUGAUUUCAAGACCCUGAUUGCAAUCCUCACCCCGGGGAAGACUUCAGGGACGCCAGUCUCUGAAAGAGGUUAUACUGGGUCUCAAGAGGUGAUGCCACUGAAGGGCCCAAACGUAUGGGAAGAUUAUUACAAUUGUGUGCACUUCAGCAUUUUUUAGCCGUGGCUUUUGAUGGCUACUAGCCAUCCUCUGUUGGAGGCAGUGCACCUCUGAAUCCCAGUUUUAUUUAUUUAUUUUUAUUUAGAACAUUUGUACUCUGCUCUUUGGCCAGAAAGGCUCCUAGAGCUGCUUACAUACACUCAAAACAAGACUGUCUUGCAGUCUAAGAAUGAACACAACACACCUGGAGAUGCCAAGGGUUGAACCUGGGGCCUUCUGCAUGCAAAGCGGGUGCUCUUUCUCUGAAUAGGCAGCCUCUUAACCUUGUCUGAUAAAUCAUAGUCAGGUUAUUUUAACCAUUAGCAUAUCUCUUUAUUAUCAUUAUGUUUAAAGCUGCGAGUGCUUCCUUAACUGAAUCAACUUUGAAGAAUGUCCCUCAGGUGGUGAAUGUGCGAGAACUCAAGAGUAAUACCUCUCCUCCAGCUGUUUCUGCAAUAAUAGGGUAGGUAAACCCUUUUAAUUUUCUGCUCACCUUUCAGAUGUAUUGUUUUUGUUUAAGCCAUGCUUGCAGGAAGGUUCAGCUGUCAGUAGGGCAGUGUAAUUGUUUCAGAAAGGCAGUGGUGAGCCUCUGCUUGGGCUCCUGAAGCUGGUUGGCUUGUUUUUAAAGGAGCAAAGGGGCCAUUGAAAAAGAAGAGGUUCUCUGUAUUUCAUGGUCUUGGCUUUCGUCUUUAAAAUAAAGUUUCUAGUCCCCUGGCCUUCCAGAAUUAAAUUGCGUAUUGAUUUAGUGAACCGGAAUGCAAAUACAGGCACCCCCACUUGCAUGUGAUUGACUUGCGCAUGGCCCAUAUACAUUGUGCAUGACCCGCCUAACAGCUGAUGUGUGCCAGCACAGCCACCACUACUGCUUUUCCACUCGUCCUCUAGCUUCCUUCCAGCUCUAGAGCUUCAAUUCCAGUUGAAGUUGUAUAUUUGGUACAGUAUUUUUGCUCUGGAUUGGAGAGAGAGUGGCAGAGAGAACAUUUAACAGGAGUUUAGAGGUUGCUCCCCACUUGAAGCGAUUUUCACUUACACACACGAGGCUCCGGGAUGUAACCCCUGCAUAAAUUGGGAGUUGCCUGUACAUUCAACCUUCCUGAAGUCACAUGGAGGAUACAAGUCUCUGAUUUUUAUGUCCACCUCCUUCACCCCACCACCCCACCUUGCCAGUCCCAAUUAAGCACGAUAGCACCUGGUGCGUGUUUAUCGCUUCAGAGCAUCUCCAAACAAAUCCCCAGCCAGAUGGUCAAAUAUGCGUAGUUGUCUAUACACUUGCUAAGUUGGGAACAAAGUGCCUUAUACCAGGUUAAACGGGUCCAUGUAGCUCAGUAUUGUCUUCAUUUACAGGCAGCAGUUCUCCAGGAUUUCAGACAGGGGUUUCUCACAGGCCUGCCUAGAGUUGUCUGGGACAUUCUGCAUGAAAAGCAGAUUAUCUACCACUCAGCCAUAGCUUUCCCCCCUCUCAGCUGCUGCUGCUGCUUCUUUGCAAAUUGCCCCCUUUUACGGUGGAAAAGACAUCACCUGUCAUUCCUUUAUGUAAGUUGGUGAUUGAUUGGUGUUCCAUCCUGAAAGGUGAAUUGGCCGCAUUUUGGUUUAUGUCCCCUUCUUUUUGUUUGUCAUUCACGAACUCCUUCCAUUGUCUGCCUUUCACUCCACCUUUUUUUCCUUUCCUUUCCUUUCCCUUUUUAUUUUUAUUUUUUAUUUUUACAAUGUGAAAAAUUAACCUCCUUGCAAACUAGCAUCAGAUCUGCCUGCUUUUUUGGCCAUCCGUCUGCUCUGUUUAUUCCCUCUGCUACUGUGAAAAACAUCUGCUCUGUCAUAUUGUGCUUGCCAGCCUGUCUUUUAUAUAUAUCCUGCUGGGAUUUUGCACAUGCUUUAUCUGACGCCACUGAUGGUGAUGGUUACGUCUCAUAAUCCCAGCACAUGGCUGGUUCAAGGGUUAAAUAUUAAUUAGGAACACGAUUACCCUAGGAACAGAGAGAGAGAACGAGAGAAAGAGAAUGAGAACUGGUCAGGACAUAGAAAGAUGCUUUAUACUAUGUCAGACCAUUGAUUCCAUUCAGCUCAGUACUGUCUACACUGACCAGCAGCAGCUCUGCAGGAUUUAAGGCAUGGAGUCUUUUCCCAGUCCUACCUGGAUAUAUUAGGGAUUGAACCUGGCACUGUCUGCAUUUAAAGCGUAUCCUCUACCAUCAAGAAGAAUAAUCUUUAUUUGCAUCGGCCACUAGCCAUAGCAAUAAAAUAAAAUACAAUGUACCCAACAUAGAGGUAAAAACCUAACUAUAUAAAAUACAUUCUGGAGGUUUACAUCAACAAUCAAAUAACAGAUCUUAUUCUAAUUGCGCCUGAUAAAAAAAAUUGCAGUUUUUGCUGUCACCUGGUUAUCUUGAUCUUCUAGAAGAAAAGUCACAGUAGCAAUGGUUAAGUGACCUGGUAUGGACAAUAGUAGAGGGGUAAUAACUUCACUCCUCAAAUAUUUAUAAAGGGUGCAAGGUAGAAGCACAUGAGCUACUGAUUCAAUACUGCCAUCUCCACAUUUGGCAUAAGCUUUUUUCCAAUGAAAUCAACCCUCAAGUAAAGCUGAAGACAGUAUAUUUAAUCUUGCGUAAGUGAAAGUGCGCCUGUGUUUUGGAAUUGUUAAAUUUUGCAAAUAGUGUGCCAACGUAUCAAAAUGUCUAUGUGGAAAAUAAUCAUACCAUGGACAAAAUUUCCUCAUGCUCUACCAUCAAGCUGCAGCUACUUCCCAAAUAGGUACACAGAGAGCUGUAACAGCCUUGUAACGAAGUUUGACCAUUGACCCAUCUAUUUCAGUACUGUCUUCACUGACUGGCAGUGGCUAACCAGGGUGGAGAUGCCAGGGAUUGAUUCAUGUUAUUGUCAGUGUGACAAAAAAUAAAAGAACCCAGUCUAUGUAAAUGGAGGAGUGUGUUUGUGUGUAUACACACACUCACACCAAAGGGGAACGCAACACUUUCUCUGUGCAUCCCCUACCCACUCCUGGCUGUUGCUGCAAGCAAGCCUUCUGCAAACACCCUCACAAAAAGAAUUCUCUUGGAUCAGACCACAGGUCUUCUGCUAUCAACAGGAACCAAGAAGAAGCCCACAAGCAGUGUAGGGGUGGGGGUGCAUCUUGAGUGUGUUUGCCUUGCUGGGCUGUGCCCGUGAACUCUUAUAAAGCCUCUAGCUUGCUUGUUUGGAUGGAGGAUAGAGAGGGGUGGAUCAGUGUGUUUGUAGAAACUAGCCUACUGUACGAAAGUAAAAAAUUUACAAUGAUUGCUUCUCAUACUCUUGCCUCUUGCCCCACCUCCUAUUGGCAUGUUGCCCCCAGAAGGGAAUGCAGCCCUUGGAGGAAGGAUGGGAUAAAAAUGGAGUAAAUAUGAAAGCAGUAAAAAGGCUAGAGAAUUCCUAUCUCUGGUGCAUUUGAUUGAGUCUCUGCACUAGGCAUAACCCAUCCGAACUGAUGGAGCAGAGACUCAUGCAAACAUACUCCAAGCUGCCACUGACUUGAAGGGUGACUCUACUGCGUCUUGAAUGAUGUUAUGGACCCAAUCUUGUCCUAUGCAAAGAUGGAGGAGAAUUAUGCAAUCUUGGCAGAAUGUAAUCGGCACAACAGUAACUCAUGAAGGGGUGCAGCAGGCAACACGCCCUUUGAGAAUCUUGCAUUUUUUUUUGGCAGCUUAGCAUUUAUGCUGUCACACAGAGUUAAUCCUCAUCAUCUCCAGAAAGGGCUGGGAGAGAGCCUCUGCCAUUCAGUGUACAGUGAGGGGGGGAAAGUAUUUGAUCCCCUGCUAAAUUUGCCCGUUUGCCCUCUGACUACUUUGGUGGCUACUUUGGUGGAUCUGCAAAGAGGACUGGGACAAAAUACCUCCUGAGAUGUCUGCAAACCUGGUGGCCACCUACAAGAAACGUCUGACCUCUGUAAUUGCCAACAAGGGUUUUGCCACCAAGUACUAAGUCAUCUUUUGCAAAGGGAUCAAAUACUUAUUUCACUCAUUAUAAUGCACAUCAAUCUCUGACUUCUGUCUUCUGGGUUUCUGGGGGUUUUCCUGUUGUUAUUCUGUCUCUCAUAGCUACAUUAAACCUAGCAUUACAAUUAUGGACUGGUCAUUUCUUCAUCAGAGGGCAAACAGGCAAAUUUAGCAGGGGAUCAAAUACUUUCCCCCCUCACUGUAGGAAAUACUGAGCUAUAUGCACCCCAACAAUCUGGCUCAUUCAGUGGCAGCCUCCUUUGUUCCUGUGUUUUGUUUGUUGAAUUCUUUGGUGGUUUGUUUGGCCUCUGAAAUCUUUUUCCUUUUCCUUUUCCAGGUCUUCGGUUCCUCAGUCGGCUGCACAAGCUGUCCACCAAGUUCUGGCAACUGUAGCUACCAAUCAAGUGAGCCAGGUAUCGCCCGUCCCUUGAAACUUCUCUUUCUUUAUAGACCUUUCCUUUCGUAGAGACCAGAGUUUUUGCUAAGGGGUGUAGCUCAGUACUUGAGCACUUACUUUGCAUGCAGUAAACCUCAAAUUCAAUCCCUGGCAUCUCCAGUUAAGGCUGGGAGAGAGUCCCUAGCCUGAAACCCCUGGAGAGCCACUACAAGUCAGUGUAGGCAAUACUGAGCCAAAUGGACCUAAACGUCUGAUUUGUACAUAAGUUUAGCUUCUUAUGUCCUGUCCCAUAUGACACCACUGUUGAAACAUUAGCACUGGCUGUCCCUCUACUACCAAGCCAAGUUCAAGGUCCAUGUAUUCAUUUACAAAGCCCUGAACUGCAUAGAUCCAAGAUACUGCCUAAUAAUCCUUUAUAUCCCAGCUUGAUCACUGAGAAUCAUCUGCAGGAGUGUGUCUGGUCAUACCCCAAGCUGGUGAGGCUUGUUUGAUGACAACAAGAAACCAAGCAUUUAGUGUCAUCGGCCCAGUCCUGUGGAACACUCUGCCACUGGAGAUUCAGUGGACAUCUUCUGUGCCAACUUUUAAAUGCCUGCUGCUAACUAUUCUAUUCCACCAGGCCUGUGCAGGUGACUAAUAGUAUAUUGUUAGGGAAAUAUUAGGGCUCAAGUCCAAUACUCUGGGCUCAGCCCUUCUUACACACAUUUCCAUUCUAUACAGUCAUACUUCAUGUUGCAUCCGCUUCAGGUUACAUGUUUUUGUGUUGCAUCCUGCGGCAACCUGGAAGUACUGGAAUGGGUUACGUCCGGGUUUUGCCACUCACGCAUGCGCAAAAGCGCUAAAUCGCACCUUGUGCAGAUGUGGCGCUUCGGCUUGCGUCAGUUCCACGUUACGGACAGGCCUCCAGAAUGGAUCCCGUCCAUAACACGAGGUUCCACUGUAAUUAUCCAACAAUCUCUCCCUUUGUUCAGAAAAAAAGCCCCCUUACCUUUGCUUUGGAAUUCAUAAUUCUCCUUUAAACUUCCAACCAUUUGUUUCACUUUCUUUUUUGGCUUUCUGCUUCAUUUUUCUUUCAACUUAUGUGCACACAGCAUUCAUGACACAUGCUUAAUGCAGCCUGAACGUAAUUCUUUAACACCUUCUCUACAAUACCCUAUUUACUUGCCAACGUUACAAUCUCAGUUACAUCCUGCUGAUGCCCUUUGUAGCUCUAGAGAUCACACACAGAACAAGCAAUAAUAACAGUAUGACAAGUAAGCCUAGGAUGUUGUACUCAAAAUAUUACAGUAGAACUAUAAGCAAUUCAAGGGGGAGCUAUGGAAUAGAGUCCAUGAAUCAGAUACAGUGGUACCUUGGGUUACAUACGUUUCAGUUACACACUCCGCUAACCCAGAAAUAGUGCUUCAGGUUAAGAACUUUGCUUCAGGAUAAGAAUAGAAAUUGUGCUCCGGCAGCAGCGGGAGGCCCCAUUAGCUAAAGUGGUGCUUCAGGUUAAGAACAGUUUCAGGUUAAGAACGGACCUCCGGAACGAAUUAAGUACUUAACCCGAGGUACCAUUAUAUUUCAGCCCCAAAGGUUUUCUGAAGGCAUGUAUCCCUGUGAGGAAGAAUCAUAAAAUCAUAGAAUUGCAGAGUUGGAAGGGACAUUGAGGAUCAUCUAGUCCAACCCCUUGCAGCACAGGAAUACACAGCUAUGCAGGAAUAUGCAGCUUCCCCAUAUGGGGAUUGAACUUGCAGCCUUGGCAUUAUCAGCACCAUGCUCUAACCAAUUGAGAAGAAACACGCAAAACAGAAUGAGAACCAAGGAUUGCUCUUUUCAGGCCCAAAAAAUUGUCUGAAGGAUGACAGUCUUUGUUCUCUGGAUCAAUCCAUGUGAUUGGGCAUCCAAAGGAGAAAACAAGGCAUGCAAGGAAUGGGCUUGCCCCUUCUCCUCAGGUGGUAGGAAUGGUAUGACCCACACAAGUUGAUCAUAACACACAUCUAUGGUGUUCAGAUAGGUGUUGUUAAGCUCCUGCUCCUCUUCUUUUCCACCGGGGAAUCGAGUUUGAAGGAUCUAUGUCCCUGGCCUCCAAGAUCAAGUCGUAGUUGUCUUGAGGCCAUUAGGAGGACACACCUUUUUACACCAGGCUGUGGCUUGUGGUGCUUGGCAGCAGCAUGGGAAGUGAGAAACACUUGCAACAGUCCAGUUUCAGGAUGCGAGGGAACAUAGAUCCAGUCUCCAGGUUCCAAUGAUAAAGAUCCUUCAGUGGUUCUAGGAGGGUUCCUAACCCCCUUUGGAUAGAGAAAUCUCUAUGCCCUCAUUAUUAUCCCACUUUUCAGACACCUGUAAUUUGAAGAAAUAGCAGGAGACUAAAAGCAGAGUUCAUCCGGGGCUUUCAAGAGAGUCCCAUUCAUUCCACAAGCCUCGCUGGUUAGCAGGGCAAGAAUAGGCCCAUUAGCAGCAAGCUAGUCUUCACUCUUCGUAGUGGCAAAGCCUCUUCCGCCACAGGAAGUUUUCUAGACCGUGCACCCUGUCCCUUUUUGACAAAGUUAUUGGCCUAAUUUUUCUUACAAAUAUGUUAAUGGCUGCCUCUGUAUUAGCUUUAAAACAAGGAGAACCUAAUCCAGUUUUUAGCAGCCGCAGGUGCUGCUGCUGUUCAUUCCUCCCUCCUUUUUGUGUGUGUAAAACCCAUUCCUGCCUGCAGGCUGUCUUGCCAGAGUGGUGCAUGCUCUAGUUAUCUCUCGCUUGGACUACUGCAAUGCGCUCUAUGUGGGGCUGCCUUUGAAGGUGACCCGGAAACUACAACUAAUCCAGAAUGCGGCAGCUAGACUGGUGACAGGGAGCGGCCGCCGAGACCAUAUAACACCGGUCUUGAAAGACCUACAUUGGCUCCCAAUAUGUUUCCGAGCACAAUUCAAAGUGUUGGUGCUGACCUUUAAAGCCCUAAACGGCCUCGGUCCAGUAAACCUGAAGGAGCGUCUCCACCUCCAUCUUUAUGCCCGGACACUGAGGUCCAGCUCCGAGGGCUUUCUGGCGGUUCCCUCACUGCGAGAAGACAAGUUACAGGGAACCAGGCAGAGGCCUUCUCGGUCUGUGGAACGCCCUCCCACCAGAUGUCUAAAGAGAAAAAUAACUACCAAACUUUUAGAAGACAUCUGAAGGCAGCCCUGUUUAGGGAAGCUUUCAAUGUUUAAUAGGUUAUUUUAUUUUAGUGUUUUGUUGGAAGCCACCCAGAGUGGCUGGGGAAACCCAGCCAGAUGGGUGGUGUAUAAAUAUUAUUAUUAUUAUUAUUAUUAUUUCACAAAGCAAAACAGCUUCUGGCUCUUCUGUCCUGAUGGCUGUGCAGUUGCUAAAGCUGAACUAUUCUUAUAAUCAAGACUAGCCUAUCUGCAGAGUUUUGAAGGGCAGAAUGUAAGUUUUUCAAUUUAAAAGAGUUAAAACACAGGCAGGUUGCCAAAUGCACAACUUAUCCUUAAUGCUGCUGCUUAGAAUUGCCACCUUAUAAUUGUGAAUGGGGAAACCCAGCCAGAUGGCUGGGGUAAUAAUAAUAAUAAUAAUAAUAAUAAUAAUAAUAAUAAUAAUACAAUUUUUAAAGGUAUAAGCGAGAGCAGCCGGUCGUAACAGUUAAAAAGUAAUAAAAUAAGAAAGAAAAUACAAAGCAAAAGGCAAAGGUUAAUAAUACAAAAUGAAAGUAAGCUACUUGUUGCCAAAGUUGUUUAAAACUAUGACAAAGGAAGAGGACAUCUCCCUGCCAAUCGCUUGCUUCCUAGCACACUGCAAGUCAAAAGCUGCAAGAUAGCAUAAAGCAGUCAGGGAGGAGUUUGGUAUAGAAGAAGGGAGGCAAAUUGCUAACCCUCCUUUUUUCUUCAAACUGAAAGGCACAGGAAAACUUCAGGAUAACGUAAGUAAGAAAACUCAAGCCUCAGAGCUUAUUUAAAUUUAUUGUGUAUUAUAACCAUGAUCAGAUUAAUUCUGUUUUCAAGCCCUUAAAAGCAUCCAUAUGUCACAGUCUAGUUUGGGAAAUGGGACUGAAUAGUGGUGUAAUAAAUGUAGGGGUUGCUCGUGCGCAAGUUGGUGCCACUCCUGGCUAGGUUGCCUUGUUAAACCUUUUCUGUCUGGACAGCCCUUGCACUUCGUGGCUGUUCAGUCGCUAGCAGAAUCCGUCAGUGGGCGUUUCUUAAACCUUUUCCAGCAUAAAAGUUGUUUGACUCCAAGUCUCCUCCUACUCUCCCUGCGCAGAAGUCUUCUGCGCAGGGAGGGCGUGGGUAGCGGAGGACCCGUGCUCUCCGCACUGAUCUCCGGCGAGGAGUCCUGGAGCCCCCUCACUGAUUCCCCCAUCUGCCCCCCUUUAUCCCUGGUGUUACGCUGAUUUCUUUCCCCAGAUGGUGAGCCGCCUCUCCCCCUGCUGGGCCCUUCUCCAGCAUCGCUCGAGAGCCUAGCCUCCGCCUCUGGCUCCGAUGUCAGUUCCCUGACAAGUGGCAUAAUUCUGAGGAGAUAUGCCAAUUUUCUCCCAUUGUUUCAACUGCCUUUCGUAAGCCCCAUGAGGGAAGGGUUUUUAAUGCUCAGUGCACAAACUCAAGCUUUCUUUCUUUAAUUUUCAUUUUUCAUUUUCACCUUUUACAUAUAUUUUUAACAAGAAAAACAAAGUAUUUACAAAUCUAAUUUACCUUCCCCUUGACUUCCCUCCCCUCCUUUCUGUGGUUACUUAUUCUAUAUCUUUUUAUUACUGCAUAUCCAAUUCAAAUAUAUUCAUUUUCCCUUAUCUUCCACUUAAUUAUCUCUUACUGCAUGUGUUUAUAUCAGUCCCACUAAUAUUUUGAUUUUUUUAUAGUAUAUCUUCAAAUAAUAAAAUUUCCCCACUCUAUUUUUAAAAGUCUUUCUUCUUGAUUUCUUAUUCUUCUGGUGAGUUUCACUAUUUCUGCAUACUCCAUUAAUUUUAAUUGCCAAUCUUCUUUUAUAGGAACUGUUUCUUCUUCCAUCUGUGGGCAUAAAUCAUUCGAGCAGUUGUGGUAGCAUACAUAAACUUUUUCCCACUGUCCCCUGGGUACUUCUCCAUCAGUUAUACCUAAAAUAAAAGCUGCUGUUUUUUUCACAAAAGUUACCUUCAUCAUUUUUUAAAACUCAUUAUAAAUCAUUUCCCAGAAAGCUUCUUUCUUUCUUUCUUUUUAAAGUUAUGUAUUGGCAUUCAUAGAUAAACAAAAAUACAUACGAAUUGUAAAGUAUCUUUUUAUAAUAUACUGAAACAGCUACUUAGUCUAAAAAAAGAACAAAGUUAGAAAGAAGAAAAGAGAAGAGGACAGACUUAAAGAGAGAGAAAGUAAGAGAAAAGGGGAAAUAGAGAAAAAACUAAAGAAAUGUAGAAAAGAGUAAAAUAACUUCCAGUUCUUUGUCCUGCAGCUUCAUAUGAUAUUCAUUUGUUAAAAUCCAACCAUUCUGUGUUCUGUAAACUAGUACUUUUUCUAUCUUCAAAUCCUGAUAUUACAAGUUCAUUUUCUUUAAGGUUGCUGUAUUUCAAAAAGUAAAAACAAGGACACCCUGAAAGUUGUGUUGCUAUUUUUUUUUAAAAAGGAAGCCCCCAGAAUUGUUGAGCUUCUCUUCCCCACCCCACCCCCCACAAACUACAAAACACCACAUUUCAGAAAUCCUCCACCUCCCCCCCGGACAUCAAUUCCACCUUUGAAAUUCUGGUAAUGUCCAGGAAGAUCCAGAUAUAUGGCUACCCUAAUUUUCUUAUCAUGCAAAUUUCUGACAAAUGUCAAAAACAUUUCUCUCUCUCUCUCUAAUUAAGCAUGUUAACUUUGCUAUCUCAGCCAGAUCCAAUAAUUUUAUCAGCCAUUCUCCUAUAGUGGGUAAUGCUGUAUCUCCCCAUCUUUAUUCGUAAAGCACACUUGCUGCUGUAAUCAUAUAUUGGAGUAAUCUUCCACAAUCUUGUUCUAAUUGUGUAUCCAUUAGCUCUAAGAGGAAAAGUUCUGGCUUAAAUUGAAUAUUAGCCUUUUAAAAUCUGCUGUAUAUAUGCAUGUAUGUUUGUGCAGCCAAUAUUUUGUAGCUUUUUUACAUGCCCACUGGCAUGAUAAAAAUGUCCCUUCAUGUUCUUGGCAUUUCCAGCAAACGUUUGAAACAUCUUUAUGAAUUCUGAAUAGUUUCUCAGGAGUUAAAUACCAAAUAUUAUUUUAUAAAAAUUCUCUUUAAGAUUGUAACACAAUGUAAUUUUAAACCCCUUAGUUCACAUAUGUUCCCACUUUUCCAAGUGUCUUUAUUUUAAAAAAUUACUUGGUUACGAAAGUACAUACAUUUUCUCAAUCUUCAGAUCUUGAAGUCCUUUCUACAGAUCCAUCAUAUCUGAUAUGAGGUGGGGAGAGAAUAGGGGGUGGUAGACUUUCAUUCUUUUACAUAGUGUAUGUGCAAGAUUUCUGUGUCCUUGUCACUUGGGUAGGUUCUCUUUUUAUUCACUUACUAGUUUUCAUUGGAAUUGAGGGAUGUUGUGGGGCCUGGGGCAUGGCUGGUUUCCUCCAGUUGGCUGCAGUGAGUUUUGCUGGCAUCUGUAUGAGAGGGAGGGGUUGUUGGGUCAAGUUAGCCAUAUUGAUUCUUAUGCUAUCAGUACGUUCUUGUUGUUAUCUUCUUGGGCUGUGUGUGUAAUAAAUGCAUGUAUCCCAAAUUCUAGCAAACACAAGCUCUCAAAUUCCUUGACUCAGACUGCAAAAAAAAUAUUUACUCAUUCAGAGAAGACCACACAUGACAGAGAACACAAAUACCACACACACGCCACUAUGUCCAAGGUUUGCCUCAAGAGGUAACAGACAGCAGCUUAGGUUCCUCGACCAACACCAUGUUAUUCCAGGACCAGAGUAGACACUAUUACAAGUUAGGGAGGGGGACCAAGACACCUGGACUUUGCAAUCUGCUGAAGACUAGUCAUUCAAGUUUCAUGAUUUCAAAACCUACAGCCACAAACAAUAUGCUUAUGGACUUCCUAAUGUUAGUGAACUGUGGCUCCCAUCAGCCCCUGCAGCUCGCAUGGCCAAUGGCCAGGAAUGAUGGGAGUUGUCACUCAGCAUUGUCUGGAGGGGAUUCCUAAACUUUGGUUUACCAAUUACAAAGGUGAUAUUGGCACAGCUUUAGGGCAUGAAAGCUUCUUGCGGAGGCCUAAUAAAUGGUAACAUGAUACCAUUUCAGGUGCACUUCAGAGGACAUUGCACCAAUUCAGGGAACAAUGCAGGUAGCAUUUAAGGAGACUGAACUGUAGAGGAGCCCACUACCUCUUUCAGGCUUCUUCUUCUUCUCUAUCCCAUCUUGUCCCCAGAACUGGGACUCAAGCUGGCUCACAUAGGUUAAAACAAACAUGGAUUAAACACAGAUUGCUAAAAACAUGUAAGAUAAUAGUUAAAAAGUAAUGAAGCUACAAUAGAAUUAAAAUGAUGUAAAAACAAGUCUGUUAUGAGAACUGGCUGCUAACUCCUUUUAGCUGAAGGGGUGAGCCAAGACCACACCUUCUGGUCUGGAUGGUCCAGGAGUAGUUGGGCGCACUGCCUCACCAGGGUGCUGCCUCUUAUUCCUUGGUCCACCUCUGAGCUGGAUGGCUGAUGGUGCCCCAAGAACAUGGCACAUUAAGCCUUCCAACCUUUGCACUCUGAAAGGGCUAUUACUUACUGCCUUCUCCCUGACACACAAGUUUUCUAUGUGCAAUAAGGUUUGGUUGUUGGUGGUUGUUUUGCAUUCAACCAUAUUUACCCACUUGCAGUCUGAAGUGGGUAAGGCCAAGCAGCAGGUGUGCCAAGCUGAACAUGCAUAGGAUUUCCUAACUGCCUUGGGGCAGAUUCUCUGUGUGCCUCCUAAGGACAUGUUUCUUCUGCCCUUGCAUGGUGCCUCCUCUUUUUCACGGGAACUGCAAAGAGGCAACUCCCCAUUUGUGUGGGGGGUGUUCCAGGUCACUGUGUGUGUCAGCCCAUUCUGCUCCAACCCUGUUCCACCCUGUCCCUUCCAGGAGGUGUCGGUGGUCGCGCGUCAAUCAGAUAUGCACAAAAUGGUCGCUGCCUGUAGUUAUUUCUUGCCCUAGAGUGCACCAUCUCUCAAGCCCUUAUCCUUCCUUGCAUGCUUCUUGGCCUAACUACUAUUGUGUUUUGUUUUGUUUUGUUUUGUUUUAGGGACCUUCACCAAGCUCACUUAAGAUGCAGUCUCCACCCAACUCUGCUUCCAUGGCAAGUGUCACCAUGGCAUCUACUGGCCAGCCAUCAGCUGGCAAAAAGAGCAUAGGUCAGUUUAUGCUGCUGUUGUUGUUCAAAUUGAUAUCCUUACCCUUCUCCUAAAGGCACCCAGAGCAGCAAAAACACAAGAUAAACUGUCUAAACACAGUUCUUAAGCAGAUGCAAACUGGGAAAGAUCUGUACACAGAAGGCUUGUGGGAAGAAGACGAUCUUCAGUAGGUUCCAAAAGACACUGGAGAUGGCACCUGCCUUAAUAUUUAAAGGAAGGGGGAUCCAAAGAGUAGGAAACCAGUGCUAGUCCUACUCAUAAUAGACCCAUUGUAGUUAAUGGAUGUGACUAAUUCGGAUCCAUUAAUUUCAGUGGGUCUACUCUGACAGGUAAAGCUUGGAUACAACCCAGAGCGAGAAGCAGAAAGCACCAGAGGAUCCACAUCUCUGCUUCUAAUAGUAAACUUGAUUGUUGAGAGAUGAUGGGACUGUAGCCAAAGUAGAGCCACCAACAAACAAGAACCUGAGGGGGUGGCCCUCUAUAGCUUACAGAAGUACAAGAAAACCAAUCAUCAGUGCAGCCAAAAAUAGCCCAAUAUUGUCUGAGCAUGCACAGUGGCCAAUGCUGAGUGCCUUAGGAGAAAAACAGGAAAAAUGUGGGGGUGGGGUUGGAAUGGAAUGGAGUAACCUGGGGAAGGGUACGAGCUGGCUGGCUGGCAGAAGGAAUGGAAGCGUUCCACCCACCAGUGGUUCAUUGCAGGUCCUGUCCCAAUAGUGUUAACAUAGAGUGCUUAUCUGUUCAGAAAUGGCAUUUCCCCAAAACUAAUCAUAAUUUCAACACACUUGCAGGACUCCUUAGUUAAGCAGAAAUGUAGAAGCUUGAUUUCAGAACAUCUCCCCUGAGUAUUGUCGCGGGGGCAGAAAAUUGCAGACAGAUGGGGAAAGAAGAGGGACUUGGCCUGCUCAAGGCAAUUAUGAUGUACCAUGGGGUAAAAGUAUCCCAAUUGCAACAAAUAGUGAAAUUGAGCCAGGUAGAUACAGUAUCCAACUAAGUUCUACUCAGGGUAGACAUUCUGAAAUCAAUGUACCCAAGUCAGUCAUGUCCCAUCAUUUUCAGUUAGUAGGACUAACAUUGGGUACUGCCAGCUAACAAGAUCUGAAGUGACAAUUACUGACUAGGAGCAAGAACUUAGGGCUGUAGUGGCAUAAGCUCAAUGAAGACAUCAGCCACCAGGGUGUAGUAGCCAUUGAAAGGGCUGGUUCCAGGAUCUUUAGGAACAGGAUUAGGGAUGAAACUGACAGUGUCGUAAUGUCAUUGUACAAAUCAGUGGUGCAACCACCAACAGGAAUCAUGUGUACAGUUCUGGGCAUUCAAGUCUGCUGUGCAGGGAUUGUGACUUUUUGGCUACAUAAAUAGGUAAUGACACUUAAAACCUGAAAUGCUGGCAACCAUGGGGUGAAGAUUUUUUUUUUUUUUAAAGUCUUUCUGGAUCCAAUUUCAUCCAGCCUUCUUUCUCCAGUGGAGCUCAGUCAGGUGCUUCUGUGAGGCUCACAAGUGGAACGUGAAAGCAACAGACCUCAUUCCCCUUCAGAAAUGACAUUUUCAUUUUUAUUUUAACAAACAGGACAGAUUUAAAUCAUGAGCAAGCUGGAAAUGUUGGGUAUUGAAUCCUACAGCACUUUCCUUGCCUUUUAAAAUAAUUAUGGUUAUUGUUUUUUUAAAAUAUAUUUUUGUUGUUUCCAGCACUAGUCCUACUCAAGAGUAGGCCCACUAAAACUAAUGGACCCAAGUUAAUCAUGCCCCUUAAUUUCAGUGGGUCUGCUCUCAGCAGCAUUAGCACUGGACACAACCCUUUCUUUGGAAUUCUAACAGAAAAAUCUUGCUGUAUAAAUGUACACAUCAAUAUAAGCAGUCCCAAAACAGGUAUCUAAACGAAAUUGAGUAAGUGUAAGUAUAUGUUCAUGGCAGUGAGAUCCUUGAGCCGCUGAGUGAUAAACUAUUCAUCUUUCCAGCCUUGCAGUGUAAGUCCCUUGGCCAACGCAAGAGUUUCCAGAACCCACUCUUGCCGCAUUUUGAACAUUUGUUGUUAUGGUGACAAUUUCAAGAGAUGUUUGCCCAAGGUCUCUUGAUAGCUUUUGUAUGCAGUUAAAUAAAUAAAUAAAAAUACACAGUGCUAUUACCUCUUGGGAGGUAGUGGCUGUCAGCCUCUCUGUUCAUCACCCCUCCUUUCAGUGCAUACACAAUCCAGACUGAUUCUUGCUUUGGUUAGGUAACCACUCAAACUUAAAUCAUUUUUAUUACCGGCAUUGGCAAUACUUUUUUGUUGUGCAAGGAAGGAACCUGCAAACAGCCCUGAAAAAGGGGGUUGGUGCGAUUCUGGGAUGUGUGGGGAUUCAAGCCAAACACUGCUAGGAAACCAUGGUCAGACCAUGGUAAAAAACAUGUUUUUCAGUUCUGAAGGCCGGUUACGGUUUAUGUGAACUUAGGAGUUGGGAACAUAUGAGCCAGGUUGCUGGAUCAGGUCAAAGGGUGGGGGUGGGGCAUCUAGUCCAGCAUCCUUUCCCUACAGUGGCCAACCUGGUAUUCACAAGCAUGCUGACUCUGACAAUAGAGGGUAGAGCAUAGGUUUUGUGACUGGUGUCAUUGAUAGCCUUAUCUAUGAACCUUCCUCCCUGCAAGGGAUAUAUUUGUUUGUGGGGUAAUCCAUCAAGGGCUCCAUGCAGGGGAGGCAGGGGAGAAGGUAUUGGGCAGGACCGUAGCCAAAUUUGGGCAGAGCCAUGCCAUCCUUUCUCUCACCACGCCAACAUUUGUUCAUUCUGUUUCCCAUAUACUAUUUAUUGAUUGAUUGAUUGAUUGAUUCAUUCAUUGAUUCCUUCUCCCUCUCCCUCCCCCCCCCCACUUCACACCAUUCAUGCAUUCACCCCCUUUAUAACUUCUCUAAAGUAUUGUCUCUCACACACGAAUACAAGUUCAUAUUUCCAGUGGAGAUGGAGUCGGAGUGGUGCAAAGGCUUGCUAAGCUGAUACAUUUAUGGAAAGCUGCUUGAUCUGCUUAUUGGAGCUCAGUCAUAUAAUCUCUCCCUCUGCCCCCACCCACUCAGUGCCAGUUUUCAGAGCUCUCUGCCCAGAAUUUGUUGACUUAGGCUAGAGUGUUACUAGCUCCUCUAUCAUUACUUGUCUUCAGGAAAGGGAGAGGGCUUCUUAUGGCCCAUUCCGGCUUGGGAGGUAACACAGCAAGUCCCAGGAAGAGCCCAUAACUCAGUGGCAGAGCAUCUGCUUUGCAUGUGGAAUGUCCCUGCUUCAUCUUUAAAUAAUUGGAUGAAAGGUGGGGUAUAAAACAUAGUAACUCAAAAAGACUUGUCCUGGGAAAGCUGACAGUGCAAUUUCUCCCCCCUCCCCCUCCCUUCUAUCUAUGGUGUGUGUAUAACUCUGUGCUGUAUUUACAAUCCCAGGGCAAGGCCCUCAGAAGAUAUCAGCAUCCGUGACUUCUGCUGCUGCGCCCACUCCAUCAACAGCUGCCCAGUUCAACAAAGCGUUCACAUUUACCACCUCUGUGUAUGUAUGGACGUCUUUCUGUUUCCGUUUCUUUGAUGUCCCUUGGUAGCACUAGUGUUACCAACAGCAAGACACGUGAUCACUUUUCAGAGAGCCAGUGUAAUGCGGUGGUUAUAUACCUGAGAGGUGUGUUAGGCUGAGCAAUGAAGGCCAACCUGGCCUCUUAGUUCGAGUCUUGGUUAGAGCAGCCAUGGCCAACGUGGUGUCCUCUAGCUGUUUGGGAUUAGAGCUCCCAUCAGCCCCAUGGUGGUAGGAGUCGUAGUCCAAAACAGCUGGAGAGCAUCUGGCUGCAUUAGACUAUUACAGGGGUGGCCAACUCCCAAGAGACUGCAAUCUACUCACAGAGUUAAAAACUGGCAGUGAUCUACCUCCUUUUUGGGGGGUUCAGGUCAAAGUUGUUGAGUUUUUUCAGGGAGGAGGUUAAAUGUUGAGCUUUUUUAAGGGGAGCCACGGUUGUUCAGCUUCUUUGGGGGGGAGCCAAAGAUCUACCAGUGAUCUACCACAAACGUCCAGUGAUCUACCGGUAGAUCAUGAUCUACCUGUUGGACAUGCCUGGACUGUUAGAUUGAGGACCCGGGGAAUAACCUUCAGUACUACCUUGCAGGAUUAUUGUUUGAUUAAAACAGGAGAGUCAUGGCUGUCCCCUUGAGCUCCAUGGAGCAAAUAUGGGGUGCAAGACUGGAGCCUUCACCCCACUUGGGAAUAAGCCCAAUGAAAUCCAGUGCUUCUGAAUAGGCAUGGCCAGGUUUGCAGCCUAUGUGCGCUACGUGGGAGGUGGAGAUGAAGCUCAAGUGAACUGUUGUAGGGGAGGGUACCACAACCUGCCUUCUAUCCUGGUUUGGCUGCCCAUGUCUCUUGUUGACAAGGGUUCAGAAGAACAUAAAAAACCCACAAACACACAACAUUCUAUCUCAUUACCUGCCACCACCAGAAUUCUUGGCAAUAUUUGUAAGCCGAUUUCUCCAUAAUGGCACUAGCCCUAAUGAUAGUCCUUUUGCUAGGACAGAAAUUGCAUGUCUCACAGUGUUUUGGUCAACCUGCCAGUAGCCACUGGUGUGCAUUGAGACUGGUGGGUUUGGGAGGUCAGGAGCCCAACAGUAGGCGGCACCAGAGCCAAUGACAGGCAGAGCCAGCUAAGUCCUCCCAGCUGAGUUCUGCAAAGGGCAACACUGAUUUGAUUUGAUUUAUUGUAUGCCGCUUUCUAUGCCGCUUUCCAUUCAAAUGAAUCCCAAAGUGGCUUACAAACAAUAAACAACAAUAACAGAACACAGGUGGGGGCUGACUGAAGUCAGUAGGGCAGUGCCUCAUUUGCCCAGGCUAGCCUCCCCUGCAACCUGCAGCACUGGAUAUAUAAAAUAAAAUAUAAAAUCAAAAGCAUUCAUGCAGAUCCAGGCACAGAAACUGAAAUGCACGCAUGGAGGGGCUGAAUGAGAGCAUGGAAGCUGGAAAAGAUGCAGUGGCCCAGUUAGCCAUAACGUAGCUUUUAUGGCUUGGGAGGGAAAGCCUGCAAUCUAUACUCAUGGAGGUGACUAAAUCGUCCUUUUGCCAUCUGGAGGCUUCAGUUGCAUAAGCAGUCACAUGGAGAAGGUUGCCAUGGGGUAGGCAGUUCUCAUUCCAUCACAUUAUAAUCAGACCUGGGGAACAACCAUUUAGAUCAGGGUUGCGGUUGCUGAACUACAAUUCCCACCAACCUUUGCAGCCAGCAUGGCCAAUAGCCAGGGAUGAUCGGAAUUAUAGUUCAGCAAAAAUCCUCUCCCACGCCUGAUUCAGAUGGGAAGGGGUCACGGGGGAUUAGGAACCCAGGCUCCCCAUGUGUGAAUUAGGAGAAGCUGAAAUUCCGCACUGUGCAUGUGUUCUGCAAAUUAAGUAACCAUGCACAUGUUUAAUUUAUAUAUGGAGGGGUCGUUCAGCGAACACUUUCAUUUUGUCAUGCAGUUCAGGUAGAAUAGCUCAUCAUCUCAUCGCUUUUAGGGAAAAGCCUGUGUAAUGAAAACCUGAAAAUAAAUGGAGAGAAAGGUGGCACAGUUGUUAAACAGGACUCUCUUUUAAAGAAAUUAUUAUGAUGACUAGAUCUGUUUGGCCACUCACUGAUGCAUAAUUGGGUGGCAUAUGGAGCCACAAAAAAACAAAAGCAACACAGUGUUAAUAGACAAUGCAUAGUGCAGGUAGGUAGUGAACUCUUGGCAUCCUACCAAACUAUACUUCCCAUUAGUGAGAGCCAUGAUGUUUAACUGGAACAAAUAUGUAGUGUAUAAACGUGUACCGUCUUCCGUCCCCGCCCCCCGCAAACCUUCUGCUUCCCUUUUCGAAAAGGCCAGAUAUUGUACAUUAAUGUUUUUGUUUUGUCUUCUAGACCUGAAGGUAACCUUGAUGCAAUCCUCACUUCUCUUGCAACGUCUGUCCCUCCAGUAGAAGGUGAGUUAUUGUUUUAAAAUGGGGUGUGCAUUUUGAAAAGAACGUGGCCCUCAGGCUGGGGGGGGGGGGAACAACUUCUCUAGUCCUGCUGGUACAGCCACAACUCCUUCCUUCUCUAAUCCAGGGAUAAGGAACCUUUAGCCCUCCAGAUGUUGCUGAACUACAAGUCCCGUCAGGCCCAGCAAGCAUGUCCAUAGCAGUCAGGGAUGAUAAAGCUCAACAGCAUCUAAUGGCCUUUUUCUUAACUGGGUAUGCUGGAUGUUGAACCUAGGCUCUUCUGCAUGCAAAGAAUAUGGUCUACCACUAAGCUCUGCCACUAAACAUAAACCUCCCUGGAUAUAUGCAGUAGGAAAGGAGUGUUGUUUAGUCGUUUAGUCGUGUCUGACUCUUCGUGACCCCAUGGACCAGAGCACGCCAGGCACUCCUGUCUUCAGGAAAGGAGUAAACAGAAGCAAAUGUUUCAAGAGAUUGGGAAUAAGUUGGUGGGUGGUUUAUGUAACAGACUGUGGAACUGAUGGUCUGGAAGAAGGGGAAAAGGUUUUGGAGGUUAAACCAAAUAAUACACAACAAACUAAGCAGAGGGACAUAGGAAGCUGCCUUUGAUUGAGUUGAGCUGUUAGGGUACACCUAGCAUGGUAUUUUCUGCACUGAGUGGCAGUGACUCUCCAGUGAUUGAGGCAGAGUUUCUCCCAGCCCUGCCUAGUGAUGCUGAUUGGGAUUGAACCUAGGACUUCUGCAGGCAAAACAGGUGAUCUACCUCUGAGAUAUGAAUUCUAGGGUUUAUGCUGCUUUGGAGCUGGGUGGUAGUGAUCAGUGAAUCUUACCUUUGAAAUUUAUUUGCUUUGUGUCUUUCUCUUGUGCCUUGGCAGCAAUACCUUCUCCUCCAAAACAGCUGAGCCAGCCUGAUGCCUUUCCCCUUGGCGGGAACGUGAAAUUUGGAACCCCUCUGGAGAGCUCCUUUGCUUUUGGGUCCGCAAAACCGUCCAGUCUUCCAGGAGUCCCCAUGACAAGCAGUGGCUCAGGAGAUCCAAGCCUGGCAAACAGCCAGGUGACCUCAGCCCCUGUGGCCUCCAUCCCUUUCUCAACCUCUGGGAAACUAGAAGGGCUUCCAUUAAAACAAGGAGAUCACCUCUUCCAGGGCACCGCUGCUGGGGAGACCCUUGGGAGUUUCUCUGGGUUAAGAGUCGGUCAAGCUGAUGAGAAUUCCAAGGCUGCCACUACCAAACAGCCUCCACCUGUUAAUGCCACAGGAGGACAGCAAGCAAAAGCAAGCACAAUACCUUCUGGGUUUACUCUUGGAAGCUCUUUGCAGGUCAGCAAACCAACAGAGGCGGCUGCCUCUGUGAUGACAACCAGCUUAACAUCAACGUCUGGCAGCACCAUCUUCAGCAAUGUCCAAUUGGUCAACACAGGGUCUCCUGCUCUCUUUGGAGUGCCUGCAGGGGGUGCCAAGUCAACUUUCGCACUUGGGAUUCAGCCAGCAAAUGCCGCAGCAGCAACACCCUCUUCUGCUCCAGCGGCAAACUCUACUCUGUCAUUCGGAAGUCUGUUGAGUUCAGCUCCAACUGCUGUGGGCACCACACCAACAGGUAAAGGAGAGGAAGAUGCCAGAACCUUCCCAGGCCCUGAAAAGCUGCCUCAGAGUGAUGCCAGCAAGCUUGGAGCAAUGCAGCUGCUGCCCCAGCCCCAGGUCCAUACUCCAGAACCUCCUCAAGAUCCUCCUGCUCUGGCCACACCUUCGUUGGAAGAGGUGGAUGCAAUCAGUCUUGCUGUGGCAGCAGCGGGGACAGUAGCACCUGCCAAAGAAGCCGUUCCCGCCGCUUCUCCUACUGAUUCAAAGGCUGAGGUGGUUUCUGUGGCAACAUCUCUGGACCAGCACACUCCAGCAACCUUGCCUUCAGCAAGCAUGGCCUCUCAGCCUGCCGAAGUGACCAGAGCGCUUCCAGCUUCCUGUAGCCCAAGUGCGUCCAUCCAGGCCCCGGCCACUGGCACCUCUGCGUUCACAGUCAAUGUCUCAGCCCCUUCUGUGUUUGCACAGCCCCCCGCCACCUGCUCUUCCGGCUCAGCCUUCAGCCAACCUGCAAUUGAGGCAUUGGUGACCCCUUCCAUGCCCCCCAUCUUCGGCCAGCUCUCUGCAGCGCCGCCUUCUCCAUUUAACCAACCCCCUGCCACGCCGCCACCAUCCACCUCCACCAUCACCACACAGGCAGCAACUCCCGGGUUCAGUACAUCAGCUUUUGGUGGUGCCACCACCUCCACAGGCUUUGCUCAGCCAGCCUUUGGCCAAGCCCCCACCUUCGGCCAGCCAGCCAGCACAUCAAGUGGGUUCACCUUCAACCAGGCAGCCUUCGGGGCUGCUCCUGCAUUUGGGCAGAUGGCUUCUUCCACCACCCCUGCAUCCAGCAGUGGGAGCGUCUUCGGGGCACCAUCCAGCACAAGCACCACCAGCUCCUUCACUUUUGGACAGCCUGCGGCCACUGCAGGCACCAGCCUCUUUGGCCAAAGCAGCACCCCUGCUUUUGGGCAGAGCUCCAGCUUCGGGCAGGGGGCAUCCAUCUUUGGGAGUGCGGCCGCUGCCACCACCCCAACAUCCUCGGCUGGAUUCAGUUUCUGUCAAGCUUCAGGUAAGAAGGCAUGGGCAGGGACCAAGGGGUAAUGGGUUAAGCAGGAGAGGAAAGAGCCGUAGCUCAGUGGCAGAGGGACUGCCUUGCAUGCAGAAGGUCUCAGCUUCAGUACUUAAAAUCUCCAUGUUGGGUCAGGAGAGACGAUGAGACUCAGUGUGGACAAUACUGAGCUGGUUGAACCCAGUGCCCUGGCUCAGUUAUAAGACAGCAUGCUAUGGGUCUGUUCAAUUCAGCCCUUCAUUCAGAUCCAUGCAGACUAGAAUCUUGCUUUAUUUUUUAAGGGAAAGGUCCAUGACUCAUUGGUGAAACACCUGCUUUGCAUGCAAAAGGCCCCAGGUUCAUUCCCCAGCAGCAUCUCCAAGGCUAGCUGAGAAAGACUCCCUGCCUGAAACCCCGGAGAGCCACUGCCAGUCAGUGUGGACAAUACUGAGCUUGAAAGACCAGUGAUCUGACUCCAAAUAAGACAGCCUCUGGUGUUCUUCCUGUGUUCCCAUGAGGUGUCCUGUGGCACCUUAAGUGGUAUCCCACCAAAUUUUAAAGGUGACUUUAAAAACCUCAAGUUUUCAGACGAAAUAUCAAUGAUCCAGGACAUUUUUAGUUUUCUCACUGAAAGAAUUGGAAAUGCAGUUCCUGCCUGGAGGCCCCUGUAAUGUACAGGAAAGGUGAUGGGGGAAGCCCAGGGCAUGAUCCAUCAAGCCAUUCCACUCCCCAGAAGCACAGCAGGGGGAUGGGGCGAAGGGAGCUCUCCCCAUGGAUCACAGUGCCCAAAGGUGGGAAACUAAUUAGGUUUCAAUAUACAAGAUGCACAUUUAAGAAAGAACAUCCCCCCCCCCCGCCCUGCUAAUUACCAGGACAAAAUAUUUUAAAAGGCAUAAGUGAGCCCUGCCUACAGGAAAGGGGCCUUAAUUACAGGAAAGUGCCUUAGUUUUGAUGGCAGGGUAUGCAUUUUGAAGUGAGCAGGGGAAUUCUUUUUAAUACAAACACUUCAUUAUCUUUUCAUGGGAACAGGUGAUUAACACAGCUCCAGAUCCUUCUCGCACAAAGGAAAUCUGAGUCCUCGGCUGGGACUCAUUUAGCAGUUGCUGCCAUUUUGAGAUGUAUUUAAUGGAAAUCCAGGCCUUUUUAAUUCCUUCAAGAUUUUAGAACCUCAGCAUUGCUCAGUAUUUUUGCUUUUUUUGGAGAAAAGGAGAGGUGAUGGGAGUUGAAGCUUAUUCAUGUACAGGGGGCACCACGUUGCCUAUCCUGGCUUAAUGUAAUAUGUUGAGGCCAUGCUGUACUUAUCACUAAGCCCACAAUUAAAACCAUUUUGCAUAGCAAUCAAGGCCAGCAAGAGCACCAGAUGACAUCACUAAAUGUAGGAAGCUACCAUAUAUUGAUCAGGUGAUCAGUGGUGUCCACAUGGGCUGGCAACAGCUCUCCCGCAUCUCAGGCCAAGGGAGUCUUUCCCAGUCCUUCCCAGAGAUACGGCUGGGGAUUGAACCUUGGGCCUUCUGCAUGCAAAGCAGGUGCGCAACCCUACUGAGCUGUGGCACAGUCCUCCUCUCUCCUCCCCACUUCCUCUUAAAAGACAUGGGCAAAGAGGUACAUUUUUGUGAAAAAUUAUACAAGGAGGGGGCCACACUCAACUCGUAAGGGGGGAUGUUCCAUAGCCUGCCGCACAUCAAUGCACCUCUUGCAAACUUGACAUGGCAGUGGCAUUUCUAACAAGGCCUCCUCAUUCCGCACACGCAAGUCUAUAUUCUAUGGUCUCCUUCAUUGACUUGUUCUCCUCUAGACACUUUGGAUUGUAUCUCCCAGUUAACCUGGCUGUUUGGACUACAGCUCCCAUCAGCUAUUUGGACUACAACUCCCAUCAGCCUCAGCUUGCACAAUCCAGUGGUUCCCAAAGUCUUUCAGGCCACUCCCCCCUUGGCUCCAUAAACUCAUCCCCAGUGCUCCCUACCCUAUAAAAAGCAUUAUUCAGAAUUUGCAUGAUUCACCAAGGGCAAUGACAACACAGUACAAUUCAAAGCACUGUGUUAAUCAAUGGCAGAGUUAUUCAAAAGACAAUUAAAUAUAUUUAGGUUAGUUCAACAAAAUUGAUGAACUUGAUCCAGUGAUAACAUCUUCCCACUUUGGCAACCCCUAGCCUUGACAAAGGGACUGGCUUGGCAAGCUUGCUCUCAUGCAUUCCACCCCAGACACAGGAUCCCAAUACUUGGAAGGGACUCCUGGCAUCAUCCAGACUGACCCCUCCCUUCAAACUCAUAUCUUUGGUUCUAGUCCAGCAGUCCUCAUUUGUCUUGUGUCUAAAUGCUGACUUUUCCUCCCUGCCCUCUUUUCUUUCUUUUUCUCCCAUGUCCAGCAUUUGGCUCCAGCAGCCCAGGCCCUGUGUUUGGGCAAGCGACCAACACCAGUGGGAACCUCUUUGGCCAGGUAAUCUUUCCUAAACUUAUCAUCACGCUUCUUCAUGGGCAAAAAAACCCCUGUCCUUGGUUCUGGUGGGAAGAGCAGGGGAAUCCCUCUUAGGGGUUUAUAUAUUCCAAGACCGUAGAUCAGGAGUAGCCGAUGUGUUGCCCUCUGGAUGCUGCUCGUCUCCUGCCUCCCAUCAUUCCUGGCCAGGGCUGCUGGAAGCUGGAAUCCAACAACAUUCUGGAGGGCACUACCUUGGUUCAUCCUGCCGUAGAUUUGCAUUGUGGUCAAUUCAGGGACAUGCAAGGAAGUGCUUCAUACAGUGCAGAGCAAUAUGAGUCGAGGAUAUCUUAAAGACCACAUGAGCUUUUAUAUCCUAGCUCACCUGACCAUGAAAAAAUGCCUGUGCUUUGCCUUCACUGUUUGAAGCAGUGCUGUUGCUGAACACCAGUUUUUGGGAACCCCAGGAAGGAGAGAGUUGCUCCUUUUGCUUCGAUCCUGCUUGUGAGUUUCCCAUUGGGGCAACUGGGUGGCCACUCUGAGAACAGGAUACUGCACCAGAUGGGCCGCUGGCCUGAUCCAGCAGGCUUUCCUUAUCAUCUUAAAUCUGUUCCCCAAAAUCCAAUCUCCCAUCUUGCAGGAACUGAUUGGCUGGCUCCUAUCUUGCCUCCCUCCCCACCUCGCCCACUUUGCUAAUCACGCAGGAUUCAGAUUCUUUCCCCUAGAAAAGAUGGCUCCUGUGUGCUUAGCAAAGUAGGGGGAGGAAGAGCCUAGAAGACGGAAGGAAAUACAUUGUCCUUCGCAGCUUGCGAGUAUUCAGAUGUCUAUAGCCCACCACAGUUCCCCAGAGGUACAGAUGAAGUUGAACACAUUGUCUACUUAAUACUUGCUUUCUAAACUCAUGGCUGUCCCGUCCCAUUCAUCUGUCAGGUUAGCAGAUAAUGCCAAGCAGUAACUCUUUGGUGGUGGUACCUAAACCCUGGAAUCUGUUUCCAGCUUCAGGACAGUCAGUCCUAGAGACUGACCCUUUUAAAUAAGAUGUCAAAACUUUUCAGGGAUGUUUUUAUGUGCAUGCAUGCAUGGGUGUUUCUUUUAUCUUCUUCUGUUGCUGUUGGGAUUUAAAAAAUAAUAAUUGUGACUUUCUUUUCCUUUAAUUGUAGUCUACUUUAACAAAUAACUUUUGAAACUCAUGCUAUAUACAUUUCGCCAAAUUUGUUGUAUGUAAAAGUGGUAUAUAAGUACAGUCAUACCUCUAGUUGCGUUUGCUUCAUGUUGCAGAUUUUCGGGUUGUGAACGUGGCAUACCUGGAACUUCCAGAUUUCGCCACACGUGGAGAAGUGUUCUGCGUGCUUUGUGCAUGCGCAGAAGUACUCUAUCAUGCUCCACGCUUGUGCAGAAGCACCGCUCUAGUUGCAGACUUUUCGGGGUGCAAAUGGCACCCCAGGACGGAUCAUGUUUGCAACUAGAGGUACCACUGUAUCUAAAAUAUAGAGUCAGAGAAUUUACAAGCCCACUAACACUUUUUGGAUCCUAGCCCAAGUCUGCAGCGGUGCUUGAGGAAUGCUUCUAGUCCUCAUGGAAUCUGGCCCCUGUGUACCUGCGAGCCAGUGAAAACAGUUCUCCCCCACUUUUUGUUCCUCCUUACAGCAGACCUCUUCUGGCGGGGGUCUCUUCGGGUCUGGAAGUAGCAGCGGGAGAGGUGGUGGUUUCUUCAGUGGCCUAGGAGGAAAGCCAAGCCAUGAGGCAGCAAAUAAGAACCCUUUCAGCGCCACCGGUGGGGGAUUUGGUUCCUCGGCCACCCAGAGUAAGUAUUGCCAAGUCUUGCGUGUUCAUUGUCAUAGCCACUCCAUCUUUGUUCUUCAGAACUGGCUGAUUCACACAGGGUGUUCUCCCCGCCCCCCAAUGCUGGAAGACCUGCAUCACCUUAUGUGAAUGACCUAUGCCGUGUAGAACUUCCUCCUCAGUGGAGCACUUUAUGAAUUGAAUCUGUUUGCAUUGACAGUGGAAGCAAGGAAGCAAGUGAUCAACUGGUGUGGACCAGGGACCUAAUUUCUAGGCCAUGGGUUGGCAAACUAAGGUCCACAGGCCGGAUCAGGCCCAGUUGCCUUCUGGAUCCGGCCCGCGGACGAUCCAGGAAUCACCUCAUAAAUCGCCAGCGCGCGUUCUUUUUCUCUCCCUCCCUUUCCCUCGCAUGGCAGCGGCAGCGCCUCCUCCCACCCUCCCUCCUCCUGGCUUCUCCCUGCCCUGCCUAGAGAAGGAAGGGGGCUGGGCUUUGUUGGUGCCAGCAGCAGUAGCACUUGAGUGGCUGCCAUUUUAAGCAGCCCCUCUUCGGAGCCCUUUCACACGCUGCUCAUCGUCCCUUUGCCACCACCAGCCCCUGCCGCUCGCAAGACACAGGUAAGCAGCCACUGGGGCUCGUGGUGCUCUUGCAUCAUUCUACCCCCAAUAUAGUCCAGCCCCCCACAAGGUCUGAGGGACAGUGGACUGGCCCCCUGCUGAAGAAUUUUGCUGACCCCUUUUCUAGGCCAACCAGAAUCUUUUGGCUUUCACAGGAGCAACAAAGCCCAGGGUGGGGAUGGGAAUGGAUUUUGGAAGUGACAGUGGUGGGGAGAUCAAGUCUGCUUGGCGGUCAACCAUUAGUUACAGAGCUCCUGGGUUUGUGAUUUCAAAUCUUGGUUCACAUGGGCUCAGUUCAGUGUCCCUAUAAGCAGCUUAGGACCCAUGUACCACUUAGGUGUCUCUUCACACAUAAACCUGCUUUUGCAUUGAAUUUCUGCACCGGAGGCCCUUCUCUGGGCCCCUCUCCUGCUGGAAGUGAGAUAGGUCCUGUCAGGCCUUUUAGAAGUGGUUUAACUUUUGUGUUAAGUUGUGUUUCCAUUUCUGUCUUUGCCAAAGGCCCCAUUCUCACCAUACACUUAAAGCACUAUGGUCCCACUUUGAACAGUCAUGGCUUCCCCCAAAGAAUUCUGGGAACUGUAGUUUGUUCAGAGUGGUCAGAGUUGUUAGGAGACUGCUGUCCCACCUCACAGAGCUACAGUUCCCAGAGUUCCCUGGGAAGAAAGAUUGAUUGUAAAAACCACUCCAGGAGGGAAAGAAGGGUCACUUAACAACCCUCAGCACUCUUAACUCUCCCAAGUCCCCACCCCACCCCAACCCUACUUCACACCCUCCUUGAGUGUGUUUGCCUGGCUGCAAUGUGUCCUUGAACUCUGAUCACGCCUCUUGCUUGCCUGAUGGAGGACAGAAAGGAGUGUGUGUAUGUGAAGGUGUGUAGAAACUAGCCUACUGUACAAAGGCAGAAUUGCCGUUAGUUGCUCCACCCACACUUGCCACUGGCCCUGCCAUGUGGCCCCAGGGAGGUUGUCCAGAAGGGAAAGUAGCCCUUGGUCUGAAAAACGUUCCCCUCCCUGAUUUAGCUCCAAUGCAUACUAAGGCUUUUUAAUGUAGUGGUGUCAGUAUUUUGGAACCUUUUUCCUAUUGAAAUGAGAUGAGUACCUACAGUUUUGACAUUUUGUCACCUGCUGAAAAUGCUUUUCUGCCACUGAGCACUUUUAGGACAUUAAUUUGAUUCAGCAGUAGUCAUUCUUUUCUGCAUUAUGAUCAGCCAACUAUAGGGGGUGGAAAGGGCUUUAUUCUCCUCAGUAUUUGUGCACAGGGGGUUGGGCCCCGCCAGUGUUGAGCAGGCCGCCGUUCCCUGCCACCCGCCGCCACUGGGAGAGCACUCAUGUGCUGGGUGGGGCCGGGACGUGUGGAGAGGGGAAAUCGCCCUCUGUGUAUGUUAUACCCUGCUGCUGCCAGGCGGGCAGGGGCAGGUCGUGCAAAGGGGUGUAUGAUGUCACGCACCGCCAUGCCCCCUCAAUGCGGGGGGCAAGUCGGCGCCCCUGAUUGUAUAAUGUAAUAAUUUUUUACACCACCAAUAUAUUUUUCUUAUGAGUUGAUGGUUUGUUAAUAUUCUUACAUAAUAAUAAUAAUAUAAUAAUAAUAAUAAUAAUAAUAAUAAUAAUAAUAGUGUCACUCUGAUAAGUUUUCUAAUCCAAAUUAAUGUAGUGAAUAAUCCAUAUAUAUACAUAUACUCACCCUCUCUCUCUCUCUCUCUCUCUCUCACCCAUACCCACACCCACACACCCACACACGACCUUACACAUACACACAAUAAAGGGGGCUGGGUUCAGAAAGAAGCUGCAGUCUUGAGCCCAAUCCCCUAAAUCUUAAGGACAAAGAGGUCUAGGAACAUACACAUGUGCCUUAUCCUUGAGUGGUAAAGAGAAGUUUCCACACACUCACAACACUAGAACUCCUUUGAACUUUCCUGGGCCCUGAGGUUUGCAAGAUAAUUCUGAUUCUGAAGAUCAGUGAGGCUUUCACUUCUGUGAGCCAUAACUAGACAUGGAUGUAGAGGCACUUUGAGAAGAAAGGCUUUAUACUCUCUCUUUGUGCACAUUAUAAUGCAUCUGUCUCACUGCAUUUGCUGAAAAUGCAGGGACAAGUAGCAUUGGUGUCCUGAAUCCAUAAGGGGGGGGCUGCAUCUGUAGCCCUUUUGCUCAAUGCAUCAGGGAGACAGGCCCAAUUGGGCCUUCUAGUGAUAGCAGUGGGGCUGCUCCCAAAACCCUCUGCUUCAGGGCUUCCUGUAGACAGCUGCUGGCAGGGGUUCCAGUAUCCAGCCUACUUCCUGCCUGUCCACACUUUUGGCAGGCAGAAUGAGAAGAGACGGGCAGAAACCCCAACCUGGUGGAAAAGUGGUUUGGGUUACAGCCUUAACCCAACAGGCUGGAAGCCUAUGGGGCUCCAACUCCCAUCAGCCCUUAACUGAUGAUCCCCAGAACAUAACCCCCAUGUACGUUGCAGGCUUACUGUAUUUCUCUGUUAUAAUAUUUUGCUGCUUAUUACAUGUGACUUUGAUUCCUAGCAUGAUAAGGUGGUAAAUUUUUCAUUGAUGGCUAUCAGUAGAUGGUUGUCAUUUAAAAUCUUUUCUCCUGCUCUUCAUAGAGGAGUCACCCCUCCCUUUUCUGUGGUGUCAUGACACUCAGUAUUCACAUUUUAAGAUGGGCAGUUUGAUACAAAGCCCCCCCCCCGCCCCCUCCUGCAGACAUCACUUCUUUGAUUCAAGACUGGUUGUUGCUGGUUCAGAUGGUCAACCUCUUCUGAAAAGCAGAUGGCUUGAGGGAGCCCAGAAAGCCAAAUAGUGCAGAGGGGAGGAAAAACAACCCAGUGUGUCUAGCCUAUUUGACCCGGAAGAGAAUCCCAUACAAUCUUCCCAGGGAGUGUAUAUGUGUGCAUGUGGUAUAGCAGCAGUAGCAGUUCAGAUAAUAAGUCUAAUGGUCCUGAAAUUCAAUGAAAAGGGGGGGGAGUCUUUACAUUUCCAGAAAAUAUGCUGUUCAUCUCGUGCCAAUUCUUUCUCACCAUAGGCAAGCGGCGACAUGUGCCAUCCUAAACCCCUGAUCCUCAUUGUGUCUCCCCCCCCCAUUGGGCUUUGGGCACUUUUGGGGGGAGGCGGGCCUUUUUCUGGUAUGUAAGAAAAGACUCUCGUUUCUCCCCGCCCCAGAUACAUCAAGCCUUUUUGGAAACAGCGGUGCCAAGACCUUUGGAUUUGGCACCACCGCCUCCUUUGGCGAGCAGAAGCCGAUGGGCACAUUCAGCUCUGGUGGAGGGAGCGUGGCAUCUCAAGGCUUUGGGUUCUCCAGUCCGACUAAAGCAGGUAUUAGUUUGUCUAUUGUUUCUUCUUGUGAACAUAGGAAGCUGCCUUCCGCCAAGUCAGGCCCUUUGGUCCAUCUGCCCCAGUAGUGUCAGUGCUGACUGGCAGAAAUGGCCCUUCUCCCAGGGUUUCAGGCAGGGGACAUUCCCAGCUCUACCUAGAGAUGCAAGGGAUUGAACCUGGGACCUUCUGCAUGUAGAGUGGAUGCUCUACAACCAAGCUUUCCCCACUAUGGGGAGAAAUGGGGAGAACUUGUUCUUCUAGCUUGGGGAAGAUCCUCCUGCCUUUUGAACAACAGUUACAUCAGAUCUUGUGUUCUAGUCGAACAUACACAUCACCACAUAGGGGACAUUGGCUUUGAUUUUUCUUGUGGGUUUUCCCUUGUGGCUUCUGGUUGGGCCUUGUGGGAACCUGAUACAGGGCAAGAUAAGCCACUUGCCUGAUACAGCAGCCAGACACUUCUAGUGCUCUCAUGUUCUCCCUUCCACUUUUCACUUCUUUCUUCUUUUCAAGGCUCAGAUUGGCAGCCGAACAGAAAACUGCAGCCAGGAGGUGGAAAGGGUGUGAUUCCGGAGCGUGUAGAGAGGAAAAGAGAACAACUGAGAGGCAGCGAGGGGAAAGAAAGCGGGGUGCUGCAGGAGUCAGGGGAGAAAGUGGAGUCAGACACAUGCACAGAGGGAGGGAGGAGGCAACCAUGUUCACAAGUGUUGAUUAUGGUAAAACAGGUCUUCUUUUUAUGGGUCUUUCCUCACCACUGUUGUCAUCAAAUUGUAGAUCACAUCUUUAUCUAGAUAUGUAGUGAACUGACCCAAAGGGAAGGUGGGGAGAAGCAACCAUCGAGGAUGGUGCCCUCAAUACUAUAUUAGUGUUACCACAGGGUCUAAAAGGAUGGGUGACCCUUGUAUGUUGUGACUUUUAAUGGUUGUGCUUAUGUCCUGCUGUCAGGCUUCCUUUUGGGUCAUCUGGUUGACCACUGUGAGAAUAGCAUGGUGGAUUUAGAUGGGCCUUUGGCCUGAUCCAGCAGCCAGGCUCUUCUUAAAUUCAUAUCAGGGUGCUCUGCAGCUCAGACCAGGAGCUCUGUAGGUCAGGUGCUGGUUCCCUGUGCCACUGGUACUGGUGGAUGGCAGAAAGGAAAUGACCACAGCUCAGUGGCUGAGCACCUGCUUUGCAUGCCGCAGGUCCCCUUACAGUAGAACAUGAUAUAUAGUGCUAUCGGAGGCAGCUUGACUCUGAAUACUAGUUGCUGAGAAUUGCGAGAGGGGAGAGCAGUGCUACACUCAAGUCUUGCUUGCAAGCUUCUCACUGGGGCAUCUGGUUGGCCACAGUGAGAACAGGAUAUUGGGCCAGCUAGACUUAUGGCCUGGUGCAGCAACCAGGCUCUUCUUAUGUUCUUAACUUGCAAUACAUGUGUUGGUUCCCACAAAACUUGGAGGACAUGGGUAAAACCCAACGGCUCAUGGACAAAAGUGUCACUGGAUCUCUAAUCUCCGCUAAAUAAUUCAGCUGCAGCUCUCUCUCCCCCCCUCCCCCUCCCUGACAGUUGUGUUUACAACCGGAUAGUAUCUGUUACAUUGGUCAGGACUGGAAUUUCACCCAGGGUAUUAAAAUGCACCUCCAGUCAAAAACAGCAAGGAGCUAUAUUGGUAGUCAUUUCUUGUAGCAGACAGGUAGCCUGUUAAUAAGAUGGAAGUGUGCGUUGAAAAGUGUACAUGUAAAACAGUAAAAACUGUGAGCUGCAUGGAAGACUGGUGGAGGGGAGUUAAUUCCAUGCCAGGGAUUAUUGGCAAAUGGACAGAAAAUAGGAGUAGCCGGUAUCAUGAUUCCUCUAUGUACAUCUGCAGGGCAGCCUCAGUUGAAAUGCAGGUGAUGCUUGUGUGUUCCAGUAAACCUUGGUUUAGCAGGAAGUGAACCCUGCCCAGCCUGGUUGCUCUCACUUGGCUGCUCCCUCUGGUGCAAGCAGGAGAAGCAUACUGAGUGGUUUGUUUUUCCCUGGCAAGUCAGAAUCGCAAGCCACAGCCUUCAACCAUGGUUCUUCAUUUGCUUUCAAAUCCUACCUUGUUUGGGAAAAGCAAACCCCAGCCUCAGCUUUGGGUGUUACAGGAAGCCAGACUUAGUUGUGGCUUCCUGACUUGUUUCUCCUGUCUCAUGCCAGCGUAAGAGCAAAGUGAGGAGUGAUCAGACAACUCUGCAGAAGCAUGCCUCUUGUUCCCAAUAAGGCAACAACUUGUUCUGACUUGUCAUGCAUCACCUGUGAUCACAGCCAGUGUGCAGAUGUGGGUUUUUUAGGUCAAAAAAGAGAAGGUCAGCCAGAAUUAUCAUAAGGUGGCACCUUUCCUAAGAGGGAACUUAGGGGUUGGGUGUUGCUUUCUUUUAAUUGAAUCCCCAUCCCCAGCUUCUAUCCCAAGGAUGGGGAACCUGUGGCCCUCCAGAUGUCAUUGGACUCCAGCUUCCAUCAGCCCCAACCAGCAGGGCACAGUGGUCAGGAAUGAUGGGAGUUGUUGUCCAGCCACUGGUUUCUCACCACUGUUCCAUCAUACCUACACUUGAUGCAUAGGUACAAUGAGGCAUAUCAAAUUAUUCAUGGUGUGGAGGAGGAGGAGGGGGAUAUAGGAUUUCCCACUUCCUUUUUCUGUAAUACUCAAACUCAAGUUGUUAGACAGUAGAUUCAGGACAGACUAAAGAAAUUAAUUCUUUGGACAAUGCAGAAUUUAAUGUGUGGAAUUCUCUGCCACGAGCUGUCUUCAUGGUCUUUAAUGGGCAGUGGAGAAAUUUAUGAAGGAGGGCAAAGUUUGUCCACAGUUGUUAGCAUGCUAGGGGGCAGACAAUGGAGGAGUGGGAUUUGGUUUUCACAUCCUACGUAUGGGCCUCCAGGAUGCAUUUGGCAGCCCACUAUGUGGGAAAACAGAGUUUUAGACUGGAUAGGCAUGGGGUAUGGACACUUUCUAAGCCCAAGGGCCGCAUGCCAGUACUGGAGAGGUCCAGAGGCAAUAGUGGAGCAAUGAUUAUAAAUUGUCCCUUUAUAGGGACAUUUGUCCCUGUAGGCUGGUUUCUUCUCACAUUCACUUGCUGUUCUCCGUCCAGGCAAGCAAAAGGCAUUGUCAGAGUUCAAGGGCACAUUUUGGCCAAGGAAGGUGCAAAGUGGGGUCAUGUGUGUUGUCUGGGGAGAGUUCCAAGGACUAGGCAGGGGAGCCCUUGGAAGGGCUACAUUUGUCCCCCAGACCUGAUGUUAUCCACCCCUGUGAUUAUGGGCCUUUGGUCUGACCCAACAGGGCUGCUUUCUUUGGCUUUUCUCCUUUACUUUAGAAUAUUAUUAUUUUAUGCUGUUUUGCAGGACCAAGACCAUUUUGAAGGGGGUUUCAGAUAAAUAAGUAAAAAUUGUAACACAAAACACAAUUAAAUAACAGCAUUGCGGCUCUGGUCUUCAAAACCACACAGAGUUGGAAAUUUCCAAAAGCUAAAAAAGAGCAGCAUAAACACACAAAAACGGCACCCAUCCCCACCGACUGUCAAGUCAGCCUGUGUCAUCCGAUGCCAUCAUGCUGAAAAUAGGGAGGGUGUUCUAAAGCCCCACCAGCUUCCUAACCAAAGGUGAAUUGGAAAAGGAGUGUCUAAAAGAAAAUGGGGGUGGAAACAAAUGUAUCUCGCAGAGAAGGAAGUUACAUAGGCGAAGAGGCCACCACCAGAAAGGCUCCAUCACACAUUCCUUCCCACUAGCCAGAUUUGUACCUGCUGUCAUGUUGGUGAGCUGAAGGCAAACAAAUUGGUUCAUUUCUUGGCUCAGUGUCACACACUUCCCGUGUGAGCCGUGAGUUUGUUUUUACAGGAGAGGCUCAAAAGAUGGUGAAUCGUGCCCAAGGGCUUUUUUGCACUCCCAGGAAAGGGCUGAGAUGUUACUGGCUAUAUGAGAGAUGCUGCAAGCAGACUUUCAAGCAGACCUUGAAUACUUUUUAUUUCCCAUACACCUAGUGUCUCCUUCCUUUUUUACGUACGUUUCUUUGUGAAAGCAUGGCCCUGAAAAGCAGCUCAGAAAAUAACCUUUUUUUUGGGGGGGGGGAAUAAAGACCCCCUCCCUCAGCUGUCACCAGUCAUUCCCAUUAGGCUGCCUCAGUAGGAGAGAUGGGAAGCAGGGCUCAUCCCAUCAGCUCUGCCAGAAUACCAGCUCCAUCAAGCCAGCUGGUCCUUAUAAGAAUGGCUGUUUAAGAACGGGUGCCCAGAUUUGCUUUUUUCCUCUUCCCUUCUUGUCCCAUUUUCCUCAUUUGUCAUGUGUUUCUUUUCUUUCUUUCUUUCUUUUUAAAGCUUGUAAGCCAGCCUUGUUUUCAAUUGAUUUCACAGAUAUGGGCUGCUCUAGGAGCCUUUUUCAGGGGCUGGAACGGAAGAGUAAUGUGCAAACACUGAUAAAUAAAUAAAUCUUGGCAUCAGUUAAAAUGAAAGUGGGGCGACAGGAAAUGGCAUCAUAGACUUGGGAAUGUCUUGCUUUCCUCCUGGUCUGCUUGUGGCAGGUCAGGGGUGUGUGGAUAGCUUGCCUCUAGGGUGCAACACACCGCUGUGCUGAAAUGGUUGCAGUUUUGCUGGCGACAUCAGAAAACAGCUACCUUAGCAACUGCUAUAGCUUCCCCCCUCCUUUUCCCCAUCUUUUGCUGAGAGCUGCUGCUGCUGGCGGCAGCAGCAACUGCUGCUUUUUCAUGCAGGCGCUCUAGAACGGGCGUUCUUGGCCUGCUUUUCUUUUAAUUCAUGUCCAAGGUUUUUCUUCUUAAGGACAUGCCUGCAGAAUCUAGCCACCCCUUUUGCAGUAAGUGCUGUACGGAGGGUGAAGAAAGCAGCUCUUAAUUCCCCCAUCCCCAACCCCCCCUUCUCUCUCUCUCUCUCUCUUUUUGGUGCAUUUUGGGGGGGGGGUGGAGAGUUGGGGGUGAUGGUUUCCGAUUUGCAGUUCUCGGGGACAUCCGGACUCUCUCGAAUGAAGGCCAGCAGGAGGUCAAGGUUCCCCUUAGAUGGGAAGUUGGGGGGAAUGCAGUGCUGUAAAUCCGAUAGAGCACUUCUCCUUUGCAGACAUAGACUGCAACUCUAAAAGAAAAAGAGGAAAACGCUAGCUAAGGCCUUCCUCUGCCUAAAGCUGUUCCUUUCUGCUUCCCCACCCCCACCCCAUUCCCACUUUUGCCUCUUGAAUUAAGCAAUGCUUCUCUCUCUCUCUCUCGCGCGCGCUCUCUCUCUCUCUCUCACUCACUCACACACACACACACACACACACAAACAAACACACACAAACAAACACACACACACACACACACACACACACACACACAGAGUCUCUUACAGAGAGAGUUCAAAAUCGUGAGUUCUGGCAUCCAAAAAGGUGUUGAGCCUGAUCUACGUUCUUUGCUUUGCCCAAGAGGCCAAAACCAGAGAGGACUCAUCAGACUAUUGUCCCCCCCCCCCCAAUUUCCUUAUUUUAGUUGCACCUAAAAAAAGGAGGGCAGAGGGUAUUUUGUAAUAUUUACUGACUUCAUGUUUUCUAGGAUGAAAUGGGGGCUUUUGAAAGUGUGUCAGGGUCCCAUUGCUUCUGCAGCACAAAUAAAGCCCCUCUCCCCCGCAAGUUCAGGUCUGUGGGGCUUCUGCACUGGGAAAUGACCUAACUCUGAUUUCUUCUUUCUUUGCUCUUCUUGCCUUGCCUUUCUCUCUCUUUCUCUCUCUCUCUGUUAUUUUGACUUUUUAUUUAUUCUUUUGCUUGUGUAUGUCCCUUUCCCUUUUCUUUUCUUUUCUUUGUUUGCCUCUGUGUUUGCUCAGGUGGCUUUGGAGCUGCUCCUGUGUUCGGCAGCCCUCCCACUUUUGGGGGCUCCCCCGGGUUCGGAGGGGUGCCAGCAUUCGGUUCAGCCCCAGCCUUUGCAAGCCCUCUGGGCUCGACGGGAGGCAAAGUCUUCGGAGAGGGGACGGCGGCCGCCAACGCUGGAGGAUUUGGGUAAGCCACAACAACAAAAGCAACAAAACAACAGGGUCUUGGGAGGGGGGGUUGCAGUGAUAUCCAGGUGCCCCAUUUUUCUUUCUUCGUUUGAAUAAAUAUUCUGCAAGCCACCCUUCAUUUCACUACAUUUCAUUAUAUUGAUUUCUUUAAUCAGAUUUCUUACUUACCCUUUGCCAGAAGGUCCUGGGGCAGGUAACAGCAAUGAAUUAUACAAUUUCCCCCAAACCCCACCCACCUGUGCAAGGGACAGCUGCCAAUGGGCAGUCAGGAACCUUAAAGCCAGGGAAGCUUGCUUUCAUUGCAAAUCACCAAACUGGUUAGGAUUGGCCGCACUACAGAGUUCCCCAUGGAGAACUGUGAUAGCAAAGUGAACUGGGAUUUGAAGUCAAGCAGUGCCUAUCAGCUUACUUCAAGCUCCAUGGGGCUGCUGCUGCCAACUGAUCUUUGGGGCUUCCAAAGAGCCAAACCCAGGGAGCCCCUGCUUAGUGCAUUGAAACCUUGACCAUCAGCAGAUCAGUGGUACUACAACACACUGUGCUAUUCUAUUUACCAGCCUUGUACAGUGCUUUGAAGUCCUCAUUGUGGGGACUUCAAAGCACCCCAUUGCCUGAUGUCAUUGCGAUGUCAGUUGAUUGGCAGGUGGGUGACUCUGUUAAUAAAAGGAGGCCAGAUACACCUCACCAAGGAGGGCAUUCCACCAACGGGGAGCCACCAUUGAGAAGACCCUGUCCAGGAAGAACACCAAUCCAGGCAGCAGUACCAACAUGGCCUCCCUUGCCAUUCACAGCACCCAAGUUGGCUGAUUGUGGAUUUCUGCCUUCAUCUAGCUCCUUUUGCUUCACUUAUCUUUUUUAAAAGCCACACUCUCUUUAACCCACUGCUUGCUCCUGCUCUAUGUUUCACAGGUUUGGCGGCACAGCCAACACAGUGUCAUUCGGAACGCUAGCAAGCCAGAACACCCCUACCUUUGGAUCCCUCUCUCAGCAGCCCACGGGUUUUGGCACACAAGGCACUGGCUUCUCCAGUUUCGGGUCGAGUGGAGGAGGAGGUAUGAGCUGUUCUUGACCCUAAAUAGAAGGGAGCUUGGAGAAGUGGGAGCGUGGGGAGCUUCAGCACUUGGUCAGUCAUAAACUGUUAGGGGCUGGAUUUCACAUGAAAACCAAGCUUAAUCAUAUCUUAAAGGGGAGCAGGGGUUGCUUUUUAAUUUUUUAUUGCAUUUAUGCCCCACCUUUCUCUCCAAGUUGCUCAGGGUGGUGUACAUGGUUUCUCUCCCUCAUUCAACCACUCACAACAACCCUGUGAGGUAGGUUAAGCUGAGAGGCAAUGACUGGCUCAAGGUCACAACCCAGUGAACUUUGUGGCCGAGCAGGGAUUUAAACCCUAGUCCAACACUUUUAACUGGCUACACCACACUGGCUCUCUGUUGGAGAGACUGAGGGACAUAACUGUAUCCAGUAUACUUCCUUUCAUUCCCCUUUGGGGGUGGGAAAAUAGAAAUAAAUGUAUAUUUUAAACCACACUUUUAAAACCUUUAUGUAAGGGUUAGAGCAUUUUUAACCACCUAGAGACAAUUGCAGUAAAGCAGUACAUAAAUUGUUUAAAUGUUUUUAGCAAUUUACAAAACACACCAAAGCUGAUGUUAAGCCCCCAAACCCAGAAACCUUCAGCCGCCAUUCAUUUCUCGGGCUUAUUGCUCUUCACCUUCUGAGUAGGAGUCUGCAAAGUCUGCUCAUGAACAUGUGCAGAGUUUCCAUCCCCUUGUCCUUGCCGUCCACCUGGUUCUUAGAUGUUUUGAGGAAUUUUUUCUCAGAACAGGGAAAAUGGAAGUCCUCCUUCACACAGCCCCUAAUUAAAAUUUGCUCUCACAAGAAGUAGUUACAGCCACUAACUUGGGCGGCUCUAAAAGGGGGUUAGACAAAUUCAAGGAGGAAUUAGGCUGUGUUCUACCUCUCCUGUCAGAGGGAAGGUGUCCCCAGUUGCUGGGAAUCAGAGAAGCUGCUAACAGUUGACAGUACUGUGCUAGAUGGACCCAGUGGUCUGACUUUUUAGAAGGCAGCUUCCUCUGUGUAUGAAUUAAAAGAAGAGCUUUGGUUGCGGGUUAGAGUUAAACACUAGACUGGAGAACUGGAGUGAUUGGAUACUGGUUAGGGGGCAGAGGGAAACUGUGCUGAUGGAAUCCUGACACCUUUCCUUAAUGUGUGUUUGGUAAUAUAACCCAUCCAAUAAUCCCUUUAACAUUGCUUUUCCCCCCACCCCUUACAGGCUUUGGCUUUGGAUCGUCUAAUGCGUAAGUCUCUCUCGUGCUGCCUUCCACGUUGUCGGUAGGUUUUUUCGGUUUAUUUUGUGCCAGAAAGAGAGCUUCUUUUGAGGUGAAAUAUAUUAUUAAAUAUGGUAAUCCCUUCUUGAAUUUUGAAUCAGCAAGAGAUGAUUGUGGGCUUUGUUCCCUCUCUUGUAAUAACAUUAAUGAGAAGCUUAAGAUCUAGAAGGCAGUGUUUCUCCCGUGGAGCUGAUCCUCCCUUAGAAAUAGGCAGCUCAUUUCUUCUAUUCUUCACCCCGCACUUUUUUCCUUUGUAAAUGUAGGACUUUAACCAACUAUUUUUGGAAUGCUCCGCAAAGUGGGAACUCAGUAAAUGCUCUUUGGAAUGCAGAGCUCUCCUGAGUAAACUGAGGCAGCAGUGUGCCCACCAUUGGAAAAGUUCCUGAGAGCCACAAGCACUGUGUGCCAAAGCAAGCUUUGCCAUCGUGGUAGAGCACCCAUCAGUCUUGGCCUUCAGAGGCAUUGUGAGACUCCCAUCUCCCCAUCAGCCCCAGGCAGUAGUCUAAAAUAUAUGGAGCAUCACAGGUGGUCAAAAGCUGUGCCUUUUGUUAUUCUUGUUAUUAGUAUUAUUUAUUAACACAAUUUUCAUAAUACAGCCUCCCCCUCAUCUCUCAGCAGAGAGAAGGGGUGUCUAUAAAGUACAAUAAAACAAACAAACAGACAAACCGAAAACACUAAUCUAUCAGCGCUAUCAAAAACCAAGCCCAGAAUGUUCAAAGAAAGUUUUGUAUGCUGCUGGGAGAUGUCAAUGCUUAUGGGCCUGGCCAGUGGUGCAGCCUGGCAAGGAUUGGCUGAGCUGCCUUUUAAUUUCAGAGGUAGGAAGAGCGGGAAGAAGAAUCUCGCCUGCCGUUAGCUCUCAGCUGCUCAGGUCCAUGAGCUUCUAAGGCCAGUCUGGUUAGGGCUGAUGGGAGAUGGAGUCUUACAAGAGAUCUGGCGAGCCACAGGUUUCCCCAUGGAACAAGCAGGAGGAGGCCUCAGAUUUGGGGGAGAUGAUCUUUUGAAAAGAGUGUUGGAAAAGGGGAAGGGUCAAAAGGAGAAGGCCUGGAGAGGCAGCCUGAGAGGGUAAGAAAGAAACUGGUGCAAGAAACACAAAGCGAGGCCAAAUAUCCAGACACCAGGAGCUACAGAGAGAAAUCAUUUCUCUUUCUUUCUUUCUUUCUUUCUUUCUUUAAAGCAUUUGUACCUGAUCUUCUGCCAGAAAGUCUCCUAGAGUAACUUACAUACAAGCAGUUAAAACAAAGCAGUCCCUGAGACAUAAAUAUUAUUUAUUGGUUGGGUUGGGUUGGGUUGGGUUGGGUAGGGGGAAGGCCUCUGGACUUUGCCUCACGUGCAAGGCUUGUAGAAGUACCCAAAACAGGGCAAGGUGCUACGAAGCAAGCUAAAAAUAAGCUGGGCCUUUCACCCAGGCAGAUUGGCAAUCUCAACACUUUUUGGGGGGGGGGAAUCUUGGGGAGAUGUCCUCCUCCUUGGCUCAUGGGGAGCAGUGAGGGGAAUGUGGAGCAGUGGGCACACUUGUUCUCCAGUCCUCACUGUUUGGCUAUUUUUAAACCUAAUAAAUGCUUGUGCUUUGAAGACUCACUUGGGAUGGAAUAUGAGAAUUGGUAACACUGGGCUGUGACAAAGAGAUAUUUGGGUUUUUCUUCCCUUUUAAAAAAAUAAGCAGCUAAAGAAGUCUGUUCCCUUUUUUGGGAAAAGGGGGUCCAAGACCAUUCAACUAGCCUGGACCAGUCGGAGGUCUCCUUAGAGCCUCAAACUCUCCAGGAUUCUUGGAUUCAGGCAAGGGUGGAGAACCUCUGACCCAGGAGCCAAAUCUGACCCUCCAGGCCCCUCUCGCUCGCCCUUCGAAGUUCACAACCCUUGCCAGUCCUUAAAUUUUUGCAUGGAUGAAGGAUAGAGAUGCAUGUGUUUGUGUAGAAAGUAGCAUAUUGUGCAAGGGAAAAAUUAACAUGAAUAGCCCCACCCAUGUUUACUGUGGCCACACCCACCAGUGCCAUGUGGCCCUCAAGGUUGCCCAGGUGGGGAUGCAGCCCUGAGGCUUAGAAGGGUUCUCAUUCUUGACCUUAGGCUUCCGUCCUUGAAAGGGUCUAGCAAUGGCUGGUAUGCAAAUGGGAUAUUCAGAGUUAAGCCUCUUUGGCAUUGGCAGAGAGAGGGGUCUCUUGUUCUCACCCUUGUUUUCUCUUUUUCCUCUUUCAGAUCCACCUCUGGGUUUAGCAGCUGGAGAAGCUGAAAGGAUGCCUGCUCAUGUUGUGCUUCUAUUGGGGGGUCAGGAGUGAAGUGAGGAGAUACAUAUUGCAAUUAAAUGUCAGGAUUUUAAUGUUUAAAUUAGUUUUUAUUAACAACUUUAAGUGUUACAAAGCAAAUAAAUAAAGGAAAAUAAUCUUGUGUAUCC